ACUUCAGAGCUUCUUUCUCUAGCCUGGCUGCCGCCCGGAGGAGAAGCGGCGCCCGGCGACAGCUCCGCAGCGCAGCCGCCCUCCGCUAGCCCAGCCAAGCCACGGGAAGCGCUCUCCUCUCGCUCCGGUGGCCGUGAAGAGAGGCUUGGGAAGAGAGCAGGGAAGAGAACCACCCCAGCCAGGGGAGGUGGACAUUUCUCUCUCUCUUUCUGGCGGGAAAGAAAGAAAGAAGAUCCCCUCAGGCUUGUUGGCGCGCCAAGUGCCCAAGCGGCAGGUCUGCGUAGCCCACUGCCGAGCCGCUCGCUGCUGCCUUGAGGGGCGGGGCGGGCGGGAGAGAGCGACGUCCCCACACGCCCUGUGGCAACUCCGGGCUCUCUCUGAGGGAAACGGAUCCCCGCGGAACCCUUCCUUUGGGAGCCAGGCGAGCCGCUCUCCUUCCCGGCCGAGGGGCGCGUGUGACGCACAAGGCAGACCAGUUUGGCCCGGAGGGGGGUCUAAAAUAAACACAGCAAGUACACACGUGUUAAGGGGGCGGGGAGAGAGGCGGAGGGAAAGGAGCGAGCGAUUCCUCCCUGCUUUCCGGGCGAGCGAGCGAGCGAGUCUCGAUUCAGGGGAGACGCCGCCGAGCCGAGGUUCCCCGCCCGGGUGGCCGCCUGCUUCAUUCGAAGGCUGCGCUGAGGCGAGGGAGACCAUUAAGCGCAGAGAGAUAGAAACGCCGACGUGCUCGGACGGCCAUCUCGCCAGCCCGCUUUAAAAGGGAGAGAGAGGGAGAAGAGGCAACCGGGCGCCGCCACCUCACGCUCCUCCUCGUCUGGGCACGGGGGCUGGUGCUGCCCGCCGCCGCCGUCGGAAGGCCCAGGCGAAGUCCCUGCUCGCGGCCCGCCUGCAGCAGCCUCGCGGGCCCGAGACUAUGCCAGUGCCCGCCUCGCGUCCGCCUCGCCACACUUGCCGCUGCGAUGAAGGAGAAGUCCAAGAACGCCGCCAAGACGCGUCGCGAGAAGGAGAACGGCGAGUUCUACGAGCUGGCCAAGCUGCUGCCUCUGCCGUCGGCGAUCACGUCGCAGCUCGACAAGGCGUCCAUCAUCCGCCUCACCACCAGCUACCUCAAGAUGAGAGCCGUCUUCCCCGAAGGUGAGUCCUCCGGGACGAGGCGGAUUCGCCUCUGCCCCUUCAGAUCGGGAGGGUCGAGGGAGGUGGGCGGGUAGGGGGGGCUCCAGGGAUGCAGCUGAGAAAUGUUGGACCCUGGACUUAGUGGUUUCCCGCCUCUUUAGGGGGCAAGCAUUCAGCUUCAAAGGUGGGUCAGCUAACCCUACUAGGGUUGAUUCUGUCGAGGGGGGAUCCUGGACGUACGCCCCCAAAUCCUGGUCUGAAGGCACCAGUUGGCUUUUAGGAGGACCCGAAAGAGAACCACGGGCUAAAUGGAUCUUUGGGGCCAAUCCAGGGGCUUCUUAGGGUCCUACUCGAUUGACAACGGAGGCUGUCGUGAGCUCUCAGGAUUGCCUUGGAGAGGCCGGGGUUUAGUUCUCUGCACACAGUUAGACAGUCAGAGCUCGAUUUGCAACGUUUUGGGUGGCCGCUCUCUGACACCACCAGCUGAAUAACUUGUUCAGCCCCACGGACGUCAAGGCAGCCACGGAUCGCCCCCCCCCCCCCCAAUUCUCCCUUGUUCCUAUGUUUGUUAGUUGCAGUGAAGCCCUUUGCUUUUGGGACCGAUUUCCGUGACUUUUUGUAGCACUACUCUGAAGUUUCAAGAAUUGUAGAUUGUGGCCCAAGAACCCCAAACGGCGUUUCUUUAAAAUAACUUCAGUGGCCUUUUGCUUAACGAAAUGUGUUUAACAUCGGACUGAGAGUUCUUUAAUUCCAGUCGCGGAAGCCUGAGUGCAGAAAUAAAAGGUAUUUGCAGCAAUCUGCAACGCGUUUAGUGCUGGAGUUGCCCUGCUGAAGUCAAGAGACUUGCAGGAGAGAGAUGGCCAUUGCAGCAGGGACAGUGAAGCACUUUCCACCAUUAGAAAUAUAAAUCCUUCCGAUGUCACAUGUACUGCAUCUGAUAGGACUUCUGUGGGAGGAAGACAAGACAGGAUUUGUCAGUCAGUUGUCAGACAAUUUACCAUAAAAGCACAGCAAAAUAAACCCUUUAACUAAACUUUGCUAGCAAUAUUUAGAAGAAAGAGGGGGAGGUGUGUUUAACGUUCCAGAAAAAGGGGAGGUCCGUGUUUUAGCCAUGACUGCUGGGGUUUCCGCCAACAGUCAAUGGUUUGCCAGACUCAGGGAAGAAAAAGAAAACUUUGGAAGAUUACAUUUUGUAUCUCACGGUCUAGGGGGAAAAGUGUCAAGUUUUCCAAGAUCAAGGGCCUACCAACACUACAGAUUUGCUCGCUUGUUGCCUGAAUCGCAUAUACUGUCCCGAAAACCGUCCAGGUGAAAAAUAGACAACAGUCCUGCUAUCCGUAUCUUUAACUAGCAAAACAAGCUGAAUUGAGUAGAUAAAGGACUCGACAGCCCGAGGGCGAUCGAGUGGGGAGGAGCUGGAAAGUAAACUCACUUACCUCCAACCUGAGGCGUUAUCACAAGAUGAGUCAUAUAAAGCAAUGGCGCUUACUCCUAAGUAAAUGCGCUGAGGAUCUAAGUGAACAGAUGCAAGAGGAAAUGACUGAGCAGUGCAAUUCUAUGCGUUCCUAUUCAGAAGUGUGUGAGAGAUUGCAGCCAGAAGAACUUUAUUUGAAAGUUGAGGCGGAAUGAUUUAAUUUAAGUUUUCUUAUACUGUAAUACAGAUCAGCUUAAUUGGGGGUUCAGAGAGUCGCACACGAUCUCAAACCCCCUCUCGCAAAUCCAGCACCCUAAACGCAUUUAGACCUUAGGCGUAAGGUCUGCUAUUCUAAGAUAUCUACUUUAAAAUGCGCCCUACUGGAAUUAGAGGCGAGAUCAGCGGCAAUUCCUAGAUGUAAGAUUAGCUAGCAGUAUAACUGGACUUGCAGUAGAAACUGAAAAGCUGAGAUUCGGCCUAGGAAGCCCGCUGGGUCUCCCAUAUUUGAAAGUGGUGUAAGUAAACUCUCCACCGCGGCUUAUCCGCAAUGGUGUGGAUUUCGCCGGUUUCCCUUUUCGCGCAGCCGCCUGCAGGGCCGCGCUUUCGGCGGAAACCCUUCCUCAGCGCCAGCCUUGAAAUUGACAGGAGUCGCAGGGAGAUUUGCGUCUUAGCCUCCGCUGUAAACAAGCGCUCAGCCGGCUUGGGUGGUGGGCAGCGCCAGCCGGGAAUCGAGCUGAGUUGAGCUGACGGCAGGAGAUAUAAUUAGUUCCAUCCAGCGCAGCGGACAGCUGCUCAAAGCAGCCUCUCUGCUCUGAUAAGCCCCGCGCACUGCUUUAAAUAAUGUUCAUUCUCCUUUACAAACAGAGAGAGAGAUGACUUACCCACCUCUUUCCCUCUGGAGGCAGGGUUGCGUCAGAUUAAAUGUAUUGUCCUUGCGUUUUCUUCCCCUACAAUCCUAAACCCUAAAAUAAAAUGCACCUGCCAUUUGGUGAAGAUUGCCUUGUGGCUUGGCUUACUCGCUUGAGUCUUCCAACUUCCGCAUUUCGUAGGAUCACUUCCUCCAGAGAUGGGAAAAUAGACUUUCAUUUUUCGUUUUAUGGUUUAACAAUCGCUGGGUCAGAAAGGAAGUCACCCUUACACCUGAGCCGCUCUAAUUCUGAUAGCAGACGUUUUAUUUGUACACUCGGAUUUGGAAAUAUGCCCUGCCUUCGAACAAACUAUCUAGUUCAGAGUGGUUUGAGACAGUGUUUUUUUGUUUUAUAUCUCUCUCCUUAAGGUCGGAGCCCUACGCAUACUUAAUAAAAGUACAUUUCUAUGAAAGUUGCCGAAAGUAAAUGCCACUGAGUUAAAUGGAAAUUACUCCCGUGAAAGUAUGUCUAGGAUUCUAUGCACACUUAAUUAGGAGUAUGUGCCAUCGAAGUCAAAGGGACUUCUGAGUAGGCAGGUAUAGGACUGCACUGAUGAUCACGCUGAAAUCAAGGGGGCUUGCUUCCAAGUUGAUGUGCUUGAGGCUGGUAUUCUAUCAAGCUUGAUUAUUAUCUAAGCAGCGUACAUGGCGUAUUACACUGUAACAAAUAGUUCCCUGCCCCAGGAAGCUUACAGUAGAAAUCGUUGUCCUAUUUGUAUCCUAAUCCUUUAAAAAGCUUAUAUUGAAAUCAAUUGGGUUUACCUUCUUACUCUUGCUUGCGGGCAACUCUGGCCUGUUGAGGACCUCUUCUAAUGAGCUCAUUUUGCAUCUGUUGCCUGGAAAGCCGAGAGUUUUGUUUUCAUUUGAUCAAGCGUUUGCUAUAGCUGUAAGCACACUAUAAAAAGCCCCAUCCCGUCGGAAGGAAGGCAAGUAGCUUCGGGAAUAUGCUCUUCCCAAGUCACCAGAGCUCCUGCUGGCUAAGAAUUCUCUUUGGGAUAUUUUCCCUUCGCUUCUUAAAAUUAACUCAGAGAAGAGGCAUUGUGGGAGGUUGCUUAAGAAUAGCCAGCUACAUCAUUUCAAUUUCUUUGGGUAGAUUUUCAGGCAAAACUGCGGUUCCUUCAGCAAAAGGAUGCCCUCAUUUCUCCAGUCCUCGGCAUUUUAUUUCAUAAGCUUUGAAUCCAAGGUUUCAUUCCCCCCCGAAAACGCCACAAUCCUACACAAGGAAGCAAUUAGUCCCAAUAAUUUCAGUGGCAGUUUCUUAGUGGACACGAACACUGUCCGUAAUCCCUGCUCACUUGGAAAGGUGCGUUUGAGCUGCGCAUUUUUCAGUCGGAGGAAGUAACAACCGGACGUGCAGUUUGUUCACGCUUUUUCUUCCCCCUCCUCUACCUUGAUAACUUGAGGCAGUUUGCCUAAAGAAAAUAUACCAAAUCAAGUGCUAGUUUGGCCUGUCUCGAGACCGUGGAGCGUAAGAAAAUAAUAGACACCUCAAAAGCCCCGAUUUUCCUUUCGCAGCUUGAUCCACAGUCCUGUUUAAGACGAGUUCUAGGUGUUAAGGCGAUUGCAGCUCCAGCCUCAUUCGGCUUCUUCGGCAUUUCAUAAAGUUCGUUGGUGUUACUCGGGAGUAAGUACUUUGAGGAUUGUAGGAAAGCCCAUUAAGUUAAACAGAUAUUACUCCCAGGAAACUGGGCAUGGGAUUGCAGCCCUAACAUUGACUGCUAGUCAGACUCUAAAGGCAUAUACCAAGUUGUCCAACCGGAAGCACCAGGGGGAAAAAGUUUGCCAGCAUGUUCGUGUUCCUGCUGCGGAGAUAUACCGGCAAAGUCUAGCUUUAACAAAGAUCCAUUAAACAGAGAACAUCUGAACUUACAAAAACUAAGGACGCUGCAAUACUUAGCGUGUCUAGUCAGAAGUAGGUCCCAUUGAGUUCAAUAGAUUUUACUCCCAGGGAAGUGGAUUUAGGGCUGCCGCUGACUCUGUAUUCCUGGGCAUUCCUAGAAUAAAUCCCACUGGACUCAGCAGGACUUACUUCCCAGUAAAGAUGGAGAAGAUUGGGCUGCUCCUCUUUCUCCAUUAUUUCAUAAAUUAAAAAGUGUGAAUAAAGUACCAAGUUAACAGCAGGGAGAUUCGAGAAUUCUGCCAUACUUACAAAAGGUGAUUGUAAACUUUGAAAAGAUUCCCCACGUAUCUUAAAACAUAGGAAUUGAGUAAUAUCGGAGAGAUAAUUUUGAUCCAUAUUUUUUUUCAAUUCCUUCCGCGCUCCUUCUAGAAAUUAGCCAAACUCCCUGUGUUGAGAAGUGAAGGUGCACAAAUAUGUGAGCGAUUUUUUGUGCGUGCAUGCUCCGAUUUGGGAUUUUUGAAGGGAGCCGGUUCUGAGGGUCGCAAUUCGCCUGGACACUUUUUCUAAAGGACCGGGACACCUCGAGGGCAAUUAAAAUGAUAGGGGGGAAACCAUUUUACGCCCACGGAUUCAGUUGGAUUUACUUCUAAGUAGACACGGUAACGAUUGCUGUGUAAGCCCUGCUGAAUUCAAUGGGGCUAAGUUCCAGGUGAACGGGGUUAAGACUGGAGCCUCAGCCCUCUUCAGAACCGGACGUAGCGGUCCCCCGAAACCCCCUUUGGGACUAUAAAUCAAAGUAAUCAGGUUUAUUAAUUGCAGGGUUUCUGGGGGCGGGGGGGUGGUUCUUUUAACUUUCGUAUUCAGCAGUUCUUUUCAAAGUUGGGGAUCUGUUAAAUACAGUAGGAAAGCGGAAAGUUCGGUGUUAUAUAGGACCUCCCUGACGGUUCUUCCUCAUUGUCCCCAGGAAAAACAUGUUGCAACGCACAAGCUAUUUAUUUCAAGGGGUUUCGCUUUCUCUCUGUCUCUGUCGUUGCUAGCAACUCACAAUCGUCCGGAAUGCAUGGAGGGAAUGUCACUUCGAGUGGAUUUGGUUUUCUUAAGCAAAGAGACAGAAAGGAAAAAGUAAGGACGGGAGGAGAGAGAGAGAGAAAGAAAGAGAGAUUAUUUGCCUUUUCGUGUAUCUUUCAAGAACAAGGGCUCCGGUUACGUGCAUGGGUAGGCGAACUAAGGCCCGGGGUCCGGAUCCCGCCCAAUCACCUUCUAAAUCCGGCCCGCGGAGGGUCCGGGAAUCAGCGUGUUUUUUACAUGAGUAGAAUGUGUCUUUUUAUUUAAAAUGCAUCUCUGGGUUGUUUGUAGAGCCUGCCUGGUGUUUUUACAUGAGUAGAAUGUGUGCUUUUAUUUAAAAUGCAUCUCUGGGUUAUUUGUGGGGCAUAGGAAUUUGUUCAUUCCCCCGCAAAAAAAUAUAGUCCGGCCCCCCACAAGGUCUGAGGGACAGUGGACCGGCCCCUUGCUGAAAAGGUUUGCUGAACCUGUAAGGGUUCCCAGGCCUUUAUAACCAGAAAAGCCCACCGAAAAGGCCCAAAAACAGGAUUGCACUGGAAAGUUGAAACCCACUGCAAUCUGCUACCGACAGCAAUCACUUAAGAGUGUCCUAUGGCCCAAAUAAAUACAUUAAACAAGAACAAAACCACCUACUCCCCCAGUUUGCGGAUUUCUCUAGACGUAAUGGUUUGUAUGGUGUGCAAUAAAUGCAAAGGCAACUCUAUAUGGAAUAUUAAUUUAGAUUCGCCCGUAUAUAAUGUAUCGAAAUAAAUGUCUUCCGCUCCCCCCUUCCUUCCUUCCUUUUAAAAUAUGGCACUUUCCAAGAGAUUUGCUGCACUUCCCUUGUUUUUCUGCCUGGUACUUAGAAGAGGUUCCCGCAGCAGCCUGGCUGGGCAUUUCUCUUGACUAGCGGGGGCGAAGGAAGAAGUGUGGUUGGGGGGAGUUGAGGAGCAAGGAAACCGUAGCACCGCUGGGAGGAGGAAAUGCCUUUGAACCCCCGGCUCCCCUGGGCUUAGGCAGCCCCAGCCUCCGCUGAAGCCUGAUCCUGCAUGAAACAGGUGGCCGCUAAGGCCGCCUGCGACCCCGAAGAGACGCAGGAAGGCCGUCGGCCUCAUUGAACGCCCUGGGUCUUACGUGCAAGUAAACCGCCUUUAUGAGCGGGCCCUUUGCGGGCUGAACGCGGGAGCGCUGACCGACAUAAAUCCUGGCUCUUCAGCUCUUACAGAUCGGGGGAUCAGACCGAGAGCCUUUUCAGCAGAUGCUGGCGAGGUUUCUCGACUGACCCGGCGGAGUCCCCGAGCCCCGCAGUGAGAAUCCCCAGCUGCUCCCCAGGAUCUAAUGUCGCGCUCGACUUUCUCCCCUUUCGCCCCUGAGCUUUUGCGCUGACCUUCGUGAUCCACGAAUUAAAGUCCAGGCAGGAGGCAGAGACCUGCGUCAGAUCUCGGCACUGUAACACCACCCGCCGCUGUGCUUGGAUUUUGUGUGUGCGCAUGUUUUCAUGUCCGACCGUUUAUUGCUGUAAAACAAAAAUAUAGAACAGGAUGCCUUCAUUUUCCUUUCCUCUCCCCCCUCCCUUCCCCCCCUCUCUCCGCGGGUGUUUUCUUUUCCCUCCACAAUAGGAAAGGGGGAAAGAGGAACACUUUAGGAAGUAAAGCGCCCCCCCCCGCCCGCAUCCAGGUCCCUCCAGGUUGGGGACACGCCAUGGUUAAAGUGUGACACCGCGUAGCGAUGAAAAUGGACAUUUAAAAACAGCCCCCUUCGUAAUGAUUAAACCAAAAGGGGAGGCCAGCUGCUUAAUGAAUGACUUUUUUAAAAAGCGAGCAAACCUGGAACCUCGGUCCUUUCUUAAUCCAGAAAGAAAGACAUACAUAUGAUAACGCUUUCCUAGAGGUCUCUUCCCCGGAUAAGCCCGCGUUUAUAAUCGUAUAGUUAUCAGCUCAAAAUCAAAUACAAAGGUGCCAUAACUGCAUUGAAAGCACCCCCACGAGGAUCCUGGGAACUGUAGUUUAUGAAGGGUGCUGGGACACGUAGGGAAGGAGGGAGAAACUACGGUCCCCAUCAUUCAGUUGCUUUGCUUUAAAUGUAUGUCGUGCGCGCUUUAAAUACAGUGGUACCUCGGGUUACAUACGCUUCAGGUUACAGACUCCGCUAACCCAGAAAUAGUACCUCGGGUUAAGAACUUUGCUUCAGGAUGAGAACAGAAAUCGGCGGCGGGAGCGGGAGGCCCCAUUAGCUAAAGUGGUGCUUCAGGUUAAGAACAGUUUCAGGUUAAGAACGCACCUCCGGAACGAAUUAAGUACUUAACCCGAGGUACCACUGUAUCCUGCUCUGCUAGCAUUGCGCCAUCAUUGCUAUUUGCCCUGCUGGUUAACUUAUAUGGGGAAAUAGAAAAAGGCGCGUGGGGCUCACAAUCCCUCUCUAAACGCAACAACUGCGGAGGACUCGGGCUAGAGAGGGGCAACUGGGUAAAUUGUAGCCUGCGGACUUAGUGGUCUGCACCUCUAUUAGGAUGCGUUACGUGCUAUUUCAAAAUGUGACCCUGCUGCGCUUGGGGGGCCCUCCAGAUUCUGCCCUGGUGGCACUGGGUUUGGGGCGCCGCCAAGGUAGUGGUGGGGAACGCCACAGCCUGGUUAAGCAGGAGGACUCUCGCACUAAGAAAAAGUAAGAGACUCUCCCACUUCGAGUCAAUGUGCUUAGAAUCCAGAGUCCAGUUCGGGUUUAAGGACUUUUCCACUCGAUCUUAACGGGACUCGCUUCAUUUAUAAAGGUAUCCCGCUUUCUGCCUUUCACGUUUAGUCACCUUCCAGCCCAGCUUCAGAAUACUAAGACGCCCGUGACGCAACUGUGGAUCACUUAAAUAAAAACUUAGCCGUCUUGCACAGAACCACUAGGCUGUAAAAUCCGAGGGCUUUGUAUAUUCACACACACUCCCUCUCUUUCUCUCUCAGCUGAAAUACUUCAUGCACCUUUUAACGUGCCAUGAGCACAAAACCCCUGUUUACUAUCAAUCAGCGUUUGCCGAAGGCAGCCGUCUCCUUCUGUAGCAGCGGGAAGAACCUGGAGAUUUUCAGCUUUCCUUGGCAUUGGCUGUUCUUAUUCAGUUAGAAUUGAAAACCCGCAGCGCAUGGCCUUAUUACUGUUUCUGGUUUUCUUAUGAAUAUUGCAUGAUCAGUUAUAUUCCAUCUAUUUAAUCACUACUUCUAGAGUAGAUUAAAGCAGAAAAGCUAACAUUAUAUACCAGGUCCAAGUGAAUUCACAUUUACUUUACUUAUGGGUAAACAUGUUUAAAGAUUAUAACCUUGCAGCACAAUCCUAUCCACACUAGCAGUGUAAUCCUAACCAAAUCUACUCUGAAAUACAUCUCUGUGAGUUCCGUGGGACUUACUCCCAGGUAAGUGGAGUUAAUUGUCGCCUAACCUGGGAGCGAAUCCCUCUGAACUUAAUGGGGCUUACUUCUGAGUAGACAUGCCAUGGAUGGUACUGUAUUAGAAUACUUUUAUGCAAGUAAGUGACAAUGAACGCGCUUGCUCUACUGAGGUGUUAGGAUCUGGGCGGCAGAGCACAGGGUGGUUGCUGUUGUUUUCAAUAAUUGCACACCAAUUUUUUAAAAUACGCAAUUUGGUCGUGGGGAGACUUUCCUGAGCAAUGCAGUACAGUGGUACCUCGGGUUAAGUACUUAAUUCGUUCCGGAGGUCCGUUCUUAACCUGAAACUGUUCUUAACCUGAAGCACCACUUUAGCUAAUGGGGCCUCCUGCUGCUGCCGCUGCGCCGCCGGAGCACGAUUUCUGUUCUCAUCCUGAAGCAAAGUUCUUAACCCGAGGUAAUAUUUCUGGGUUAGCAGAGUCUGUAACCUGAAGCGUAUGUAACCUGAGGUACCACUGUACUGUAGUAUGUUUGGGGAAGGAAUGCGGGGCUGACAGUACAAUCCGAUUCGUGCCUACCCAGAUGCAAGGCGUUGCUGAAUCCAAAGGGACUUACUCUCAAGUUAAAUGUUUGCUGCAAGCUAUUUUCAGGCGGGGUCCGAAGGUCCCAAUAAAGACGAGAGUACCCCCACCCCCAGCACUCGCAGAGUGCCAUCUCCUCCCUCCCGUGUAGUCUCAGCUCCUAUUUAUCUGACAUUAAGGGCAGAGGCGUGUUUGCACCUCGAAUAAAGGAGAGGAAACUUUAACGUUCUUAAUUCUUGUUUGUGUGACGGCUGGUUAAGACCCAGAAGGACCGCUGGCCUUUCCUAAAACCGCCAUCCUAAACACCCGAUGCUCUCGGGAAAUUGGAUUAUAUAUUUCCGCCAGAGCUCCUGGACCUUUCUAUGCCUGUGGCUCCCUCCUGCCUAUGCCUUCAACCAGCCUUCACCAACCGGGUGCCCUCCCGAUGUUUUGGUCCAAACAUCUGGAGGGCAACAGCUUGGCGAAGACUGGCUUAAGGCAUGUGGGCGGGGGCGAGGGGGGCAAGCCAGACCAGAAAGCUGAUGGUGACCCUGACUGAAAUAUGCAGUAAACCGUGCUUAGGAUCAAGUGUCAGCGCUAUCAGCAGUUUUCCGUCGGAUUUAACCCGCUCUGGAUGAUACGUAAGGGGGAGAGGCGCCCUCGGCUUCCCUCCCUCCGCGACACCCAGCUGCUUUCCUCUCCUGUUUCUCCAGCCCCGCUGGAUCCCUUGAAGGACCGCCGUGAGCGAAGGGAGGGCAAGGGGCGUCUGGGACAAGGGGGAAGGAAGGAAGCCCCCUCCAAGAGGAGCCGUCCGUGUUGCAGGGAGGGCAACCCCAGACUUCCCGAGGCAGCCUUUGCGCCAGACUUCCACGUUUUAUAGAUCCCCAGGGUUCCAGGCAGCGCAAUCCUAUACAUCGCUCAGAAGCGAGUCCCAUUCAAUUCAACGGGGCUUGCUCCCAGGUAAGCGGGGCUAGGACUAAACCCGACUGAGUUAAAUGGGACACAGUCCCAGGUAAGUGACAUUACUGCCUCUCCCCCACACUUACCUAAGAGUAAGGCCCAUUGGAUCCAGGGGGCCUUAGUCCUAGAUGGGCAUGGUUAGGAUCGUAGGAGCCAAUUCCUAGGGAGAUCAAGGGGUCUUCGGCUCCCUCCGAUAAAAUAUUUGAGGGGGCCGAACCCCCCCCCCAGAUGAUGGACAUUGCCAUUCAAAUACGUGACCAAGUCAUGUGAUCGAUUAUGCGGGGUGGGGCUUACCUGCCCCCCUCCCCAACAUUUUAUUCAAGAGGGCAGCCCUGGUUAGGAUGGCAGCCUUGACCUUUCAGCAAUUUCUCUCCCCGCCCCGCUCGACUCAAGCGCGAAAUGAAAAGGAGUCGGGACUGGGUUGGGAGAGCGCCAUCCUUCGGCCCGCGGGCGCUGCUUGCAGUCAACGGGCGGAGCGACGCCGCGCAGAGCCAGGUUUGGCGCCUGCUGCUAAAAGGAAGGGAGACGUUUAUUUUUCCUGGGAGCGGAGAUGUCUUUCCUCUAGCAGGCGAUUUCCCCUUAGAGAGUCACGGGGCGCUGCUGCUGCUUGUUCUCACCAGGCAAGCAAACAGGACUUGCCAGCAGAAAGAGAGAGAGAGAGAGAGAGAAUUGUCUUUGGGCUGCGGCCCAGUUUUUCUGCCCCAGAAAAGGUGCGCUCUUUGUUUGUAGAUGGCGGACUCGCUCGCGUGCCGCAGUAGCAGCAGCAGCGCCUUAGCAGAAGCGAGAUCUCUCGCACAGAAGCCAAGGGCCUCUUCUAAGAUGGCGCCUGUCACGUGCAGUUUUUUUAAAAAAAGUACUUAAUGUGGGGUGGGGGGUGUUGAAAUGCCUGAUUCAUGGGACGCCUUCUAAAUCGAUUAAGUUCGAUCAAUUAAUCAACUAAGGUUGCGAUUCCUCCGUUUCUCGCUGUAUUCGGUGGGAUUUUCUUCUAAGUUUACAGUUGCGUUAGGAUCGCAUUGCAAAUGUCGCAUUCUACAGCCCGUGCAGGUAUUAGGAUUGCUCCGGCUCCGGAUUUCUUAAAGUGGAUCCGAUACUACAUGACAUACAUAUCGGUGUUCAUCAUCGUCGUCACGGACUGGCGUCAGAAUGGGACUUCCUAUCCUUUCAAGCGCAUUAGCCAUGAGUUUUUGAAGGGGCGAUAGCUUUAGGUAAAUUAAUCCGGACCAACCGUAACUGUUGCGAGUCAUAGACAGUACAGUACCUACAAAGCCGAAGAAUCAGCUUUUCUUCAGUCUCCUACUUCCCCUUCCCACGCAACUCUUUGGGCGCAGAAGGUCUGAAGUCUGAAGAGGGAGGUUUCCAGACACUCUGAGAGUCGCCGGGCCGGUCGAUGCGCGUACGCCUUUGCCAACAACCAGCAAAAAUAAAAAUAAAAAUAAAUCGCGGCCCCGUCGCCUUACUCCCGCGUAUGCCGAUUUCAUUAUAUACUGUACUCCCUUAUGCCCACUGGCCCCCAGAAGAUCCUCGGGGAUCCUUCAAAGUGCCGCUGAUGGUUCUGAUUUUGGGGCCAGGGGCGAUUCUUUGGAAGCUCCUUCCGCUUUCCGGAAAGCGAGCGCUUCCAAGCGAGCUGUUCCAAAAAGAAGCCUUUAGCUCGUUGUUUACCUGGGAGACAGACCCAGCUCUCAAAUUUAAGCAGGAAUUUAAACACACAUUUAUCUGUGAGGAAGCCCUGGAGAAUUCUCAGAGUUCUGCAAAUAAUCCCUGGUUAUGAAACAACAACACAGAAGAGACGGACGCUUGUGCUGGGUUCGGGGGGUCUGUUUCUGGGGGCGUCCGUGUUUCCCUGGGGUGGGAGACCCUGGCGUCCAGUGUUUACAUUUUAAAGAGAGAUGGAGGCUUAGCCCCUCGGGUGGAAAGUAACGCGGGUAAACUCCGCGGUUCUCCGCAGUACCUGACUUAGAAGGAAGUUCCACGUACAUUUAAAGACCCUCACUUUAGGAAGCACGAUGUGGAUCCUAAACGCAUUGCUGCUAUUCAUGCGAUGCGCUUGUUUUGGAUUUAUAUGCCGCCUUCUCCCGAAGGUUGAAAGCCGGUUCGAAAGGUUUCCUGUCGAUGGAAAAAUCUCCCCGAUCCCCGUGUCUCAUAUAUCUGGACUCGGGGUGGGAAGAGGAGAAGGAAGGUGGUGGGGACUGGGGUGCGGACCUUUAAAAUAUGUACUCAGUUCAUCAAAUACUCAACAACGACAGCAAUCUUCCCACAUGCCGGGAAGAUAACAGUUCCUCCGGACAAUGGGGAAGAGGAAAGAUUCAGCUGAGCUUAGUUGAAUCGUCAAGUCGGUUUCGUUGUGGCAAAACUGGCUGUUUCUUUUAAGGCAGCCGUUUAGGAUGGAGAUGUAAAGAGGAAGUCACCUAGGCAGUCAUUCCUCAAUAGAGGCUACAGCAGCAGAGCAGGGAAAGGCAAGCAAGGACGACGAGCCUCCUCCCUGCUCCUUCUUUCAUGUCUUCUGGGAGUUAUUUGCCAAGCCAAUCCUCUGCGUGCCAAAUAAAGGAGCUGUUCUCCGAGGGGUGAAACCCUCACCAUGUACGAUAAAUGAAGAAGAAGAGGUAGAGGUUACACUAGGAUGCAAGCUAAAGGAUUAAGCAGCCAACUUCUGCUUCGAAGAAAUGUCGGAGUCCCUUUAUUUAUUAUGACCAACCAAAAUGUCACAAAACGGCAAAGGAGCUUUUUGAGUCCCCCGAAACGCUUUCAUCAGCCUGUUUGUAAAGUAAGGCGGAGAGGUUUGAUACUGUAUUGGUCAAAGGUUCAGCUUUGUUGUCUUGCCUUAGGAGGGGCACAUGGCUUUUGUUGCGGGGAGCACUUUUGUGGGGAGCGGGGCAGAACCGAAGUGAUUGGUCAGUUAGUUUUACUUGAUGGGGGGCAGCUGCUCCCCUGCCCUCCCUUGGCUACGUCCAUGAAGGGACAUGGAGAUGGGGUUGCCAUGAAGAUCGCCCGCACUUCAGUAUUCACCGCUACAUCACUGGCGACGCACACUUGGGACCAAACCUCACUGAAUGCUGACUGUGCUUCCAAGUAAACACUCACAGGAUUGCGCUUUAAAUAGCUAAUGUCGCAGUUUCUAUCAGCAUUAGCCUAAACACUUCGGCUUCAUUGUUUUUUGGAUCGAGCUCUCUCUGGCGACAUACGCCUUAGCUUUAGCGGUGGGAGCAGUGGGGCAAUUUUAGACUUUGGUCUUAUAUGGUCCCGUCUCUGAAUGCUAGUAACGUGCGUUUUGAUAUCAGCCCCCUACUGAUUUUGCUGAGUGGGACUCUGGACCUCUGCCCCAAAGCCCUGCCGUCACCGUUGACAAUGCGACUGGAGGAAUUCAGUUUUGUACUGGAGAGAAUCUUGCAACACUUAAAAAUCUUCGGGAAUCCCGCAACGUCAAAUGAUACAAUGCAAAGGAGCCCGUCUGGUGGAUUUUGGUGCAUAGAUCCAUUGGCUCAAAGAACAAACAUGCUUUGUAUUUCCUGAUCGUCAGCAGACAUAUUAGCAUCAAAACACACACUCACAAACAAAGAUUUAGCAUUUUGCUAACUCUGUUGGCCGUUCUUAUGAUUUACUUAUGGCUGCCAGGAUGACAACAAAGUUGAAACUGCUGAUGCCUUGGUUGAAAGUCACGCCGAGGGAUAGACUUGGCAACGUUUCUGUGUAUUUCUAUGUAUUUUUCUAACCAAGUUAAGACAGCAUUUCUAUGGAUAAAGACAUAACGGGUAUACGUGGGAAUGGAAUUUGUAGCCCUCUGGAAACGGCUUUGAGAUAAGUAGUAGCGGAGAGCAGUAGCAAAUAAAUCUACAUUCUGUUCCUUGGGAAAUGCAACAAUGGAUUCAUGUCUUCCUCAAAAUGCAGAUGGGUUCUGCUUGAUUAUUAAAGAAAAAACAACAUGAUUUGCUUGUACAAAGAGGUUAAAAGGUUUAUGAGGCAGCAUUUACUGAAGCCCAGGCGAUAGUUAUUCAGACAAAAGGUGCAUGUAGAAAUAACUCUGAACAUGCUGAUAAAUUCGUACCACAAUGUGAUGGGGAGAAUAAAGAAAAAGAAACUCAAAGAGACAGUGAACCCCGCAGAGCCACUUAAACACUAGCUUGUCAGUUAACAGAUGUUUAAUAUAAAACGAUGUAUGAUUUCUCUCUCUAGUGCUUCCCUCAUUUGGCAACGCCGGGGCGCGAUCUAAACCACAGUGAGUCGAUGGAAGGUCUCCCAUUCAUCUUGUUCAGGAAUUUUAUGAUAGCUAUAUCUUUUCCUUUUAAAAGAUGGGAGUGUGGCUCUUAAUUUCUAUAUCUUUGUGACAUCACUUCUUCAAGAUACGGUGUUUACAACGAAGUCUUGCCUGCACCCCCCGCGCCCUGUGCAUUCCCAUUGCAUGCAGUUCUCUUAUUAGCAGAAAAAGUGGACGGGGCACCAAGUGCUCAUGGCUCUGCAUCAGCUUGUAUAAUUAGCAGGCGCGGCGCAGCCGGCGAGAAAGCAGGUACCGAGCGGCGGGUCUUGAAAAGCCGGCGAACAAUGGCUGGCUCAUCUGCUCGGAAGAACGGACGCCUCUUUGAAUGUGGGGAUGGCUCAAUCCAUAAACCUGUUAAAGCCAAGUCUUAGCUUUAACAAAAAAGAAAAAAAAAUCCAAAACAAAAACACACCGCUGUAAAAUUCGGAACCUAAUUGAUUUCUGUAAAUAUUAUUGCAGCACAAUGUACUCUCAAGUGAAUCCCACUGCUGCCAAAAAGGCGUUGCAUGUUCUUUCUGAGUGUGAGCGUAAGGGGGUUUGCACUUCUCCACGAAUUUGCAUGGCGCUGGAUGGCAGUCAGACGCAUGCAUGCAUUUCCCGCUCCGAUUCCGAGCUUGUCUCGCAAUGUCUCCAGCGCAGCGACCCUGGGAGCAGGUGCAGCGGGAAAGGCUGAGUGACGAGUCCCUUUCUCCUUCCCCUCCUGCACAAGAUAAGGAGCAGUUCACAUCAGCAAGAAACCCUUUUUAAACCCUUUGUUUCAAAGCUUUGAAAGCUGCACCUUUUCUCUGGUGGUCCCGACAGAGCCUUCUUUCCAAGGCUGUUUAAAAAGGGUUUCUUGCCUCCAUAGGGCAGAUCGCGUUUGUCCUCUGUUUACCUGACUGGGGUCAGGGCUCCAGUCUCCGGAAGAGGAAAGCAAGAAGAUGAAUAUCUCGUGCGCCACCCGCAGGCAGAGCAGGAGAAUGACAGGAGGGAGGCGCGGCCACCGACUCCACGGGGCUCUUCGCUGUGCUUUCUGGGAGCCACGCGGAAUUCACAGUGGAAUGAAUGGAGCGAGCGCUGUAAACCUAGGCGAGCGUUUCAGGAGCCUCGGAAGAAAGUGAAUUUGUGCUAGAACCAGCACAUGAGUGACCUUUGGCUAUUCUUAACCGCAGUCACCUUGAUGAAACUUGCGAGUUUCCCACCAACUGUCCCCCGCCUCCCGCAUGGACUGGCCAUGUGUGCAAAGUCGUAUUAGCCCUCCACGCACAUUAAUCCGAAAUAAUUACCGGGUUUUGGUGCUGCAUACGAACGUUGGUUAGCAUCCCCGCAGCACUCAUAGACAUACAGGGAAAGGGUGGAAAUAAAAACCCAUUCUGUGAGUGCGAAGAAAGGUUAAUAACUCUUCAUUAAGAUGAGUAUUGUGUAACCACGAAUAUGUUACUGUGUGUUUACAAUGCUUCUGGACAAGGAAGGUACCAGGCCUUGAUAGUUACUCUGGAAUAGCUAAUCUGGGUUAAAAGGGGUGUACCAUCUCCUUACUCCUUGUGAGGAAGCUGGAAGAUUGCUUUCCACAGCCCUUUUGCUAGGGUUAACGGGAUAAAUUCUGUCUUCUUGUGGGGCUCUAAAGUCAUAUACAUCAUUGUCAUUAAUCUCUUCUGCUAUGGAACUUUUGCUGCAUAGAGAUGUCACCAAAACCAUGCUCUCCAGCAUUGGAUAAAGGAAAUGUGCCCCCGUUGUGAAUCAAGCACUCAUAAUCUGCUAGCGCUCAGACAAAAUAAGAUUUUCUCCUCUUGUGAAACUGCCCCAAAAUCAUAUUUACACAUCUAGAUCGCACCAACCCCUUCUCAUAUAUGAGGUGCUGUACGAGUUGGUGCUAUCUAUUAAUUAAUUAAUUAAUUAAUUUAAAAAGUGUAUAAAAGUGAUAAGAACCCAGUUACACAGGCAAUAUUGUGCCAGACGGAUAAGGAUUCAAAGGAAAGAGAUGCCCAGGGGAGAACGAGACCUUCACGCCUCUCUUGCGUCCUAUUAAAAGCCGAUUUCAGCGCAACUUGCUUCUGAUUUAGCUCCGGGCGGAGCGGUCGUUUGCAGCACGAUUUAAAGCAAGCCUUCAUGCAAAUCUUUCAUUCCGUGUCACAAAACUGUUAUUAGCAGAGAGCAGAGUGGGACUGGAGAGAGGGGGCGAAGGGCGUGGGAGAGAUUAUAUAGUAUGUACAAUCUAUGUAGGCUGCAGUACACACCAGAUAUUUAAAGCACAGAUCACAUUCCCCCUCAAAGAAUCAUGGGAACUGUAGUUCGUAAAUAUAGUUCAGUGGGGGGGGUAAAAUGCAGUUUGUGGGGUUCUUCACAGAAUUGUAGAGUUGGAAGGAACCCCGGGGGUCAUCUAGUCCAACCCCCUGUAAUGCAGGAAUCUAAACUAAAGCAUCCAUAAUAGAUGGCUAUCCGACCUCUGCUUAAAAACUUCCAAGGAAGAAAAGUCCACCACCUUCCGAGGUAGCCAGUCCGUUCCACUGUUGAACAGAAAAUUCUUCCUGACGUUGAGACGGAUUCGGAAUAUCCUUCCUUUCUUGAAACUUGAAGCCAUGGCUGUGUGCGUGGUUUGAAUAUGCUUUAAAGGUAUAGCGUGUGUAGUGUAAUAUUAGGAGUUAAGGUUUAUAUACUAUGCCAGUAUACACCCAAAUCGCAUGUUUAGUCUCUGAACAUUCUUUCAGCAUAAAGAUUUGGGCCAGGAAUGCAUGUAUAGAGUACAUAUAGAGCGCCGUUGCAGCUGCUGUUCGAGGGGCUGGGCUGGGGCUUCUAGGGUCCAAUGGGCAGGCCAAAGCCCCGACAUCUUCAACGGUGGCCUGGCGGGGUGUGUGUCUUCCUUCCCUGCAGGCUGACUUGUGGCACAUGUUUAGCUUAGAAUUGAAACCUUGGGAGGAUUCUGCAAACGGAUUCUUCUUCCCUGAUGCAACCUGUGGCGUUGUUGGUUUCGGCGGCUUUUGCACAUGGGCUGCUGCUUUCGUUACUGCUAGUAAUUUAGGAGAGAUGAGUUUCCCGAGGACAAUGUCAGGGGAAAAACAGGAUCUCCGAGGAACCGCCUGGAGUACUCAUUUUGUUUUGAUCCGAAGCCUGUUCGAGGGGUUCUGAAAUGGCCGUGUUGAAGUUAAGGGCAUUAUGUUAUGACCUCUCUUUGGUGAAAGAGGCUUCGGCCAUCCGCUUACACAGAGCACUAUUUAAAGAAUAAUUAUUAUUUUAAAAGCAGCCGAAGUGAAGCAGUGGUCCACGCUCUACAGACAACCAGGAGUGUGAGCGCUAAGGUGUUUCGCUCCCCUUAAAGAAUAAGCGGUUAAGUUGUCUACGAAAGCGACAGCCCUAUUAUCUGAUUUCUUCUACUACUACUCCCAACAUCCCACUACUUUUGUGGUAGUUGGUCAACCUCUCAGUGAGUCAGGAGGUGGGUCCGAGCAAUGCCAUUCAUAUUCAAGAACCUAUUUUCAAAUUGAUUGAAUGUGUAAUAUUGAAGGAGAUCCGUGCCCGGGAUAAACAGCGUGAGAUCGCAUCUACCCUCAGUCUAGACUUCCUGCUGAAGGGACUUCCGAGGGUGGAGGAAACGAGGGGAUUUCACGCGGCUGAGGGAAUUUUCCCUCACAGGAGAAAAGGCGGGAAAGUUACGUUCAAGUUAUGCACAGCAUAGACCCAUUGAAAUAAAUAAUUUCAUUGGUUUCACUGGGUCUAUAUCCAAUUAACAGGAGCUGCACGGUUUGCUAGCAAACCGUUCCGCCCAAAGUCAAGUUGUAUAGAUGGGGAGGUCUUGAAUCGGAAGGAUUUGUGAAAGGGGCAAAUGGAUGGAUUUGCCGAAGCGACAGCAGCGGGCGUUUGAGUGAAGGGACCAAACGUUUGCGCUUAAAAGCACCAAGGCAAUAAUACUGUAUAGCUCGGCUGCCUUUUGCCUCCGUGGCCUCCCUUCGCAAGGGCUUGUGGGAAGAUGGCGGGGGGGGGUAGGGGAAGAGGAGAGAGUACAAAACGCUUUUUGAGGGCGUCUUUAGCGAGGUCCCUUCGGCCGAUUUCAGGGAGGCUUAUGUUACUUUGUGGGGGAUCACCCCCACCUCUAAAAUGGCAACUGAACCCUGAGUAACAUGUGGGCCGGCCAGGCCCUUUCGCAACGUGGCGGCCUUCAGCUGAAUCUAAACCCUAAUGUCAUGGAGCUAAUUUUCCUGAGGAAAAGACCACCUAACUCGCCGAGAAACCCGCUCGGGGAACUGCACAGGCAGGGCAGGGAGGCCCAGCUCCCCCUAAUAUGACCCAGCCAAUGUUACGCUGCUUCUCUCCCUCUGCUGCAGAGGAAAAAGGCCAACUUGCACCUCCCGCUAGUGCUUCAGAUGAACUGUAUUCAUGUGCGUUAACUGAGGCUUCUCGGUUCCUUUUCUAGGUCUGGGAGACGCCUGGGGACAGCCGAGCAGAUUAGGCCCCUUGGAUAAUGUCGCGAAGGAGCUGGGCUCGCAUUUGCUUCAGGUAGAGUCUCUGCGAUUCGUGCUGCUUCUUCAAUACUGCUUGUGUUGUUUCAGGAGAAGUUCGUUGCGUUAAAACCCACUGGAUCUCGCCCCAAAACACAAGGCUCGGUCCCCUGGAGAGAGCCGCCUUUUUUUGUUUCAAAGGCGAAAGGGAGGAGACGGUCCAUGAGUGUAGUAACAGCGGCUUGUGAACAAACCUGUCGCAGAGAAAAUGGGCACAUGCUGGCCAGCUCCCUCCUCUUAGGGGUAGAUUGGGACUUCCAGUCCAGGUUUAUUAUGAUUUGGGGGUACAGAAUUAGGGAGUGGCAAUGAAUGGGUUAAUGCAAAAUAAAAGAAUGUGAUGAUCUUGUGUAUGCAGGACAACCAUAAAUCAAGUAGCAUAAAUGGGCAAGAAACCCUAGUGGCUUGUAAUUUAUAAUAUAUGCUUGCAUUUACACACAUUUCAGUCAAUCUACAUGUGCUGCAAUAGGCUCUUUUUAAACAGCUGCAUAUCUAUAUCUAUACACAAGCAUGCAUUUUUAAUGGGAGAUUUCAGUUCACUCAUUGCUCAGUAGGGAAAACCUUUAAAAGAACGCAUGGCUCCUGUGGUGGGAGGAGAACAUCUGGAUUAGAUCUUCCAUUGACGUUAGCACCUGAAAAUACAGUUGUUCAAAAUCUGGUUGAUCCACUUUGGAAUUCUGCUUCUCUCUCUUGUGUAAGUCCCAAUGCUGCAAAGGGUAUAGACAUGCGUGUGCUCAACUCACAAAAGGUUUUUUUUGCUAGUAAAUUCCUCCUGAUUUUACAGGUAUAAUAAAGAGAAAAGCAGCCUUGAGUAGGUGAAACCGGUAAAAUAAAACAAUAAACCGUUUUUCAAAAUUACUAUAAUUCAUCUUACACUCACUAUUGUAACCGUUUUGCAUGUUGGUAAAGGUAGCCCUGAAAAUAUGAGGUAAGGGUUGACAACUUUGUUUUAGUUACGCUUUAUGCCACUGUUCUAACCAUGUCUACUCAGAAGUAGUUCCCAUUUAAUUCAAUGGGGUUUACUCCUAGGUAAGGGGGUUAGUGUUGCACCCUUGGUUCUUAAACUUUUCAACCACAUUUUACUAGCAGAUUGACAUUUGCAGGGCCUUCUGAAACUUGAAUAACAGACACUGUAUGAUAAAGGUUUCCAUAUUUUAAUCAUUAUUUUCACUAAUUUCCAUUGGAUAGUGGAGUGUAUAUAAUUGUAACACAUUAACAAAUGCUUUGCCAUUGAUGUAGAAUGAGGUGUAUAAUGAUCUUUUUGCUGGAAUGUAACCUGUUUUGAAAGUGACUUUAAUGAAAACAGAAAUUGAUUCACAUCCUUAAAGUAUACUUUAUUUGUCAUAACGUUGUUGCAUAGAAAGUCAGCUUCAUGAAAAAUAGUGUAUACUUUAAGAAAAAAAACUUUUAGAACAUCUUUGUUGACAAAAAUCAAAUAUAUGUUUAAACAAAAUGUGAUAUAAAUUAAUCUUUCAAAAAUAUAGUUUGGCACACAGUAAGAAGCUUAGUGACAUCUAUUUAUUUGCUAGCUAUUUAAAAAUGUGUAUCUUACCUCUUAUGCUUGAGAUGGUUUGCAGUAAUUAAUAUUUAUAACAUACCUGCAACUUCUUAAUUUACUAUUUUCAAAUUGUGUUUAACACAAAAUAAUGAUGUAAUACUAUUUAAAAUGUCCAGUUAUUUAUGAAUUAUAAAUGUUGUUUUUAAGACAUGCAGCUACUUUACUGAAAAUAUGUGUGCUUUCCCCUUUGAGCAAAGAAGGGAGGGGAGUGCCAUGUAUUUAAAGAGCCACUAAAAGUAAGGUUUUCUAAUGGAAGUGCCAAUGCAGCCUAACUAUAACAUCGGGGAACAAAUUGCUAGUUUAUGAGGAAUGUUUUAAAGCAAUGUUUUAUUUAAGAAAGCAGUGAUUUCUUCCCCAUGUUAAUACUGCUACAAAGUUUUGUUUAUGUUCAGAAGAAGGGGGGCGGGAAUGAAACCAAAGAGUAAUCUGGUUCUAAUUACAUGCUGUAAAAGUAGAGUAGGUCAGAGAAUAAUUUGGAAUAUUUUUUAUUGGGGUAACAUUGAACUUGCCCCUCUGUUGCAGACUUUUAUUACUUUCCUUUUGUUUCAGCAUCUUAAAAUAUGAACUAGUAAAUAUAAAAGGCAAUUGUUUUAUCUAUGUACAGUAUUUAGGAAUACAUUUCCCUUUUCAAAUGUAGACCUCUUUCCCUCCAUAUGGAGAAUUCUUAUGGUCUAAUCACACUUGCGUAGAGGUGGGUUUUGUUUUAAUGAACAUUUGGUCCUCUGAUAAGCAGUAACUUCUAAGGUCUUAGUCAGAGGUCUUUCUCAGCCUGCCUACCUGAGAUGCUUUAACUGGCAAUUUAACUUGAGACCUUUGAUGCUCUGCUGUUGAGUUGUGGCACCUCUCUCAAUCAUUGCGCCAUUCUGAUUGGCAGGCUUUUUUGAACUUUACCUGCCUUGCUACCUGAGAUUCUUCAAAAGGCAAUGCCAGGGAUUAAACCUGGGACCUGCUGCAUACGAAAUGGUAUUCUAGUGCAUUAAGGUUCUUCCCUGAGAUCAGCAGAGCUUGCUUCCAAAUACAUGUUUCUGGGACUGAGAUGCUUUUCCUUUUGUGACUCAUAUCCGAAUCCUCAAAAUGGUGUUUGGAAUCAGAUUUAAAUCUACUCAUGUGAUCAGGAUUAGCGUUUUUAAAAUACAACAGUAUUCUUUAAUUUUUGCUGAGCCUUCAUUUUAUCUUAUUGGUUAAAAUAUGCAAUAUUAGGUCCCAAGCAAUAACUAUAGAAUCAGUCAAAGUAGCAUAUUGCAGAGUUACUUGUGAACAAUUAUAUAAGGUAGUUUUAACUUUCAAGGGCUUUCCCUUCUAUCGUUUUUGAAAUUAUGGUUUCAUAAAACUUAUUUUAUGAAACUUUCAUGUUCUUUUCAUUACAAGUUUCAAAGGAGCCACUUGUCAGAUUAUUCUAUACUCACGAAACCCUCAAUAAAAAUAGUCAGAAGAAUGUAAAACAUCACUCAGGAAUCAUUAAAACUGUAAAUAGUGAUAAGUUAUUUCUACCAAUUAAUUGGGAUUGGUUUCCCCCAUAAGAACUCAGGAUUUUUGCUAAGUACUAUAAUAACUCAAUAUCAACAUGAGAAUGUUAAAUUUGCUGCUGCUGUAAAACUAGCAUAUGUAAGGAGAGACUGAGUUAGAUUUAACUUUUUAUAGUGUGUGUAUAAUAGUAAUUGGGCAGCACCAAUUAUAUAAUACAGUUAAAUCUGUUUUAAUUUUAUUAUUGUAUACUUAAUUUUAUUAUUUACCUGCUUAUAAAUCAUUUUGGGAUGUUUUAGUGGGAAGUGAUACACAUAUUUAAUCAACCUAACCUAGUCUUCAUCAAGCCAAAUUGGGUAAUAUGUUUUAAAAUAUAUGUUCUUCUGUAGGGGGAAAUAAAAAAAACUUAUCACAAGCAACUUGACUGUAUAUUGUAAGUGGUAAGAUUUUAUUUCUUUCUCUUUUGCAGACUCUGGAUGGGUUUGUUUUUGUGGUAUCAUCUGAUGGCAAAAUAAUGUAUAUCUCAGAAACUGCUUCUGUUCAUCUAGGUUUAUCACAGGUAGGAGCAAGUUCUGUCCCCCCACUGAAUGAUGAUGUUCUUCCUUUGAAUUGAUUUUCAUUGUUGUUUUUUUAAGUUAAAUAAUUCACACAGCUUAUCACUGUAAAGGAAAAACUUUGCAUUUUGCUUGUUACUUAUAUACAUUUUGAAACUAAGAAUGCAGUCUACAAAAGUGCUUUGCUAACUCUACUCACCCUUGUGCUACUAAAGCCCCCUGGAAGCUGGAUACAGCCUAGUCCACUUGUCAUAAAAUUAUAGCAAGUACUGCCUAUUCCUAGCUGGGUGUUGUUGCAAAUGGCCAUUGGCCAGAGCAGUGGUAUAGAUCUCUAGAAAAAAAGUGGAAAUUUCCAGUCUGUGUUUUGAAUUGUAUGCAGUAAGAAUAGAAGAACUGCUGGAUCUGACCAAAGGCCCAUCCAUCUCACAGUGGCCAACCAGAUGCCUAUAGGAAGUCCACAAGCAGGAACUGAGUGCAACAGCAGUCUCUCCACUUGUAGUGUUAGCUGCUGUGAAAACAGAGGAAACCUGAGUUUUAUAGUAAAUGUGCUUUAGGAAAAAAUAAAAAGGGAGCAGAUUUAUGAGUGUUCACAUGGAAUUCAGGCAAUUUUUCUUGAGUUUUGCCAGCCUUGUGGCCUUUUCAGUAAAGCGUUUUAUAUGUUUAUGGUAGAACUCAUAAAACCAGGUUUACUACUGUUCUGCUCAAACGUUAGUGUUUGGGGUUUUAGGGCACUGUUACAUUUGUUCAUUUUAAAGGUAACUAACAAUUUCUUAAAUGUAUGUUCAACUGAAAACAAUGGGAUUUACUUUCAAGUACAUGUGUUUAGAAUAAAGCAAUUCUAUUUCUGUUAGCAAGCUGAAUUGGGAUGUGAUACAGCAUUUUGAAAUAUUUGUGCCCAAAACUUGUAAUUAGCCCAUGUUUAAUUGUUUGAAAAGUUAUUCUUUAGCAACCUUAGGUUGCAAUCAUAUACCACUUAGUGCAAUUUCCUUCUGAUGUAGAGGAUUGUGCCAUUUAUCAACACUGGAUGUUCCCACUAUCAUGGAAAUAUUUUUUUUCCUGAAACCUGGGUGAAGUACUGCUGAUUCAGUAAACAGUAAAGAGGGUGUUUAUUUUCAUGUGUGGAGUGGCUCUUACAGAAUGCUCCCAUGUGGGCCUUAAAGUGCAUGGUGGGUCAGUAUUAGCUUGCCAGCUUCAUUUUGCAGGCUUCUCCUUGUAGCCUUGAGCGAAGAUCCACAUAUUUGCUUUGACUUUUAUUAAUUAGAGACAGAUUGUUAUUUAUCUUAAUAAAAGAUUUAAGAAUGGUAUGUAACUAUUUAAGAACUCACUGAUAGGACAAGGGACCUGAGGUAGAGUCUGGAAUCAUAUUGCCUAGGCACCACUAAGAGGGGAAGGGCAAGGCAGCAGAAGCAACCUGCUUGCUGUUUCCUCAGGGGCAAUUAACAAUUGGGCACUAAGGUUUUUUGCAGGACCAUUUUUGUCAUUGUUGGACCUUUUGAAAUAAUUUCCUUUUCUGUGAUUAGAAAAGACCUCUGUACUAGACUUGUCCCUGACAUGACACCAUGUUCACCAGUUGCCUACACAGUAAAAACCAACUUUCUAGCUAUUUUUUUUUAGUAACUUCUCAUUUCUUUUCAAAAGUGCUCUGCUUUGGUGACAUCUGCUUUUCUCUGAGACUCUCAGAGGAAAGCAGACACCAAUAGAAUGAGGGAGUUCUUUGGUGGAAAAAAUAAAAGUAAAAGAAAGCAACUAGUUGUGUUAGUAGUAGCAGAUCCCUAAAUGGAGGCAUGGCAAGGAGGUAUGUGAGGUCUAGAGGCACUCUUAAAAAACUUUUGACUGUUUUGGCAUUCUGGGGAGAGGAUUCCCCUCACUUUUUCUGUGCACCAAUACUGUAUAGGUAAAGAGGUAAUUCUAGACAUGUGAUGCCUUGUUAAGAGACUAUAAGGUAUGACUAUGUCUGUUCUACCCUUCCCCAAGUUCUUUCUGUCUCUGAUUUCUACUAUAGCUGCCUAUUCUGCCUUUUCAAACCACCUUUCCUCUUUCCAGUUUCUAUCCUUCACUCCCUAAAAAUGUUCAUUGUGCAAACUGUGUUGCCUCUUUCACUCUCCUGUCUGCAAUACUCUACCUUCUUUUUUUACCCUUUUUUCCUUUUGAGAACAAUAAGUAGGAAAAUAUAUUUUGGAAUAAUGGCUUUGGGUAAAACACUGUCUCUUUUGCAUUUACAGCCUCUUUCCCAACAAAGCUAGAAGCAGUGAGCUGUGUUAUGUUAGGUCUGAUUUGGGGUAAUUCUUCCUUCUUGGAAAGGACACAGAGAUGCAAACCGAUACUACUACUACUUGUUUCCAUGUGGGUGGAUCUGCCCCUGCUUAUAUACCACUUGUUUCCUCAAAACUGGAAUGAAGGCCCACAGGACAAGACUGAAUUUUUCACAUAGCUAUUGUGUAUACAUUUGGUAAACAUUAAUAAGCAUUCACAUAGCUGUUAGCCAGAUGAAAGGCUGCAUUCUCUGGCUUAUAAAAUGUACUGAGGGACAGCUUUUAAAACUUUAAAUUGGUUGAGAUUCCAAUCUCUAAAUGAAUCUAUGCCUUAAUUCAGUAAAGCAAGGCACAUGCUUGUAGAAAACACAUGAGUUCAACCACAUAUUUAAAUUUAGACCUGUUGUUAACUAGUUAACUACUGAGAACUGUGAAAUCUAAUUCACAAACUUGUUAAAGCUGCUUUUCAUUCCAACCCUAAAUGUCCUAGUUCUGGUUGGGACUCAAUCAGAAUACUAGUCUCAUGAAGAAACGGUUGAACCUGUGACUCUUAAUAGCUCAUCCAGACCAUGAUAAAAAGGACUGUUUUGCAGUUUUAACCUACUAAAUGCUAACUGCAAUGGUAAAAUUUGCAUAAGGUGUGAAUUCACCUUUAUAGAAAAGCUAGCUAUGUCAGUUGUAUGAGGAAUCAUGAGUUCAAAUGGAUGGUGUAUACACUGUUCCCAAGCUCAAUGUAACAGCCACACUGCCAGGGCUGUGUGAGCAUAGUGCUUUAGGAAAAGACCAAACUCUGAUUAGCCUUUGAGAAAUGAGUUGGGCUAUUCAUUUCUCCCCUACCACCCUCCAUCCAAGCUCUGAUCACACAUUUUUAAAAAGGGGGUUAUGCCACUUAGAGGUUUUUUUCAUUGUGAAAAAUCACGGGAACUAAACAUUCUAUUUCAUUGUUAUCUCCUCCAGCAACAACUGUUUGAAUCUAGAGCUCAAAAUAGGGUCAUACUUAACACUGAAUAUUUUUUUUUGGUGUAAUUAGUAUUUACAUAGAUCACAGUCUUUAAGUCAUGUAUGCUGCAACUGAACCUUUUUUUUGCUCAUGAUAAGACAAAACAACUUGUAGAACAUGGCUAUUGGUUGAUAGCUGCUUUUGGUCCAGGAAGAUGAUAGGAGUGUUAGAAAUGCAGUGGUGUAUUUGUAAAUCAUAUGUAUAUUACAUACAAGAGACCUCUGAAACAUAAUACUAAAAGGGGAAAAAAAUCUGCUAUAGUUCUGAAUGUAUUAAAUAUAUUCUUGACAGGUGGAACUCACCGGUAAUAGCAUUUAUGAGUAUAUACAUCCAUCAGACCAUGAUGAAAUGACAGCGGUUCUAACAGCUCACCAGCCUCUUCAUCCUCAUCUCUUACAAGGUACUUCCAUAUGAUAUGACCAUAUACAAGUAAAAAGGAUGAUGAGAUGUAGUGCUGAUCUUAACAUGCUAACACUUAAUCCACUGAAAUUUACAAUUGUAAAAAGGGUUCCUGGCCAAGUGUUGUAUCUAGCUAUAUUGAUGUAGCAUUUUUCAUCCCAUUCCAAAUUGUGAAAAUAAUAUUAAAACUUCAUUCUUCAGCACAUCUAGUUGCAAUAAUAGGUUUGUUCACAGUGAUGAAACUUUAAGUUGUAAACUACAGUUAUGAAAUAAUAAAUGACUUUGCUCUGUGAACAAGGGUAUAGUAGAUAUGGAGUUGUGAAAAAUGCUUUGUGACCAUUUGGCAACAAACAAAACAUUCUGAAGUUUUAUGUGAUCCUUCUUCAAAACACAUAGAAAUGGGAGAGAGCAAGUAAGAUUGAUUUCAUUCCACCACCUCAGGGAUGAUUCAGGGUUGCAUGAAAGCUAAACAUAAUUUCACAGAAGGGGCUAAAGUAUCUUGUUAAAUAGUCAUGUGCAAUCUGAAUGUACAAGCACAAAUUCAUUACAUAAAAUAGCCACUGCCUCCUUUUUUAGUACCAUGACGUAUAGCAGAGCAAACCAUUUAAAUAUUUAUAGGACAUAUUUGUAAAUCUUUUUUGAAGUAGGACAUGUCUUUGAAUUUCCAGGAAAAUGGGAUAAUUUAAGAUACAUACUUGAUUAAAACAAGAACAAUUCACUUAUUUGAAAUUCCAUUGACGAGAUCAAAUGAGUAUUUUAUCUUUAAUGUGUAUUUGAUAAUUGGCAUCUCAGUUCAAACUGGAUGUAAAUAAAUAUGUGGCUUUAGAUGAGUCUGUUUUAUGUUCUCUCUUAAUAUCUGGAUUGUCUGAUCUUCAAAGUAUCAGCAAUCUACUUGAUGUAUGGGUAAGACAAAGGUACACAAAUGACACGGAGCAUGAUUUCUUUUGUCACAUGUGGAGAGUUUCUUAUAAGGCCUGGUAAAUGUCUGUUCUUUCCUUCCACCUCUUUGUCAUAUAUGCACCAGCCAUUACAUUGGAAUAGUGCAGAAGGUCUGGAUACACUAGAACCAUGCUGGCCUUUUGUUCUGAGUAAUGGCCAGUACAUGGUCUCCAAGAGGGAAAGGAGAAACACAACAUUCGUCGCCCCUCUGAUGGUGGCUACACAUGGAGAUGAAUUGUCCCUUUGGUUUUAAUUCAUUAAGUAUCACACAUUGUCCAGUAGCAGGCCAUGUAUCUGGAAAAUACUGUCUAGAGUUUUAUUUGCAAAUUUUCUUUUAAAAGUGCUUAAUACAGUGGUACCUCUAGUUGUGGACUUAAUCCGUUUCGGGGUACCGUUUGCAUCCCGAAAAGUCCACAACUAGAGUGCCUUUUCUGCGCAUGUGCGUGGUGCUAUUGAGCACUUCUGCGCAUGCUCGAAGCACGCAGAUUGCUUCUGCACAUGUGCAGGCGGCGAACCCGGAAGCAAACACUUCCGGGUUUGCCGCAUUCGUAAGCUGAAAGUCCAUAACAAGAGUGGAACGCAACACGAGGUAUGACUGUAAUUCAAACAGAACAGAUGUUUUUCCAGUUUUUGUGGCUAGAAAUGGUCUGAGUAGUAGCAGCCUAGAGGAUCAAACACUAUUAUUAUCUGCAAGCCACUCCCAGGAUGGCUGAAUUUACACUGGGGGGAAUUACAAAAAACAUAGGUGUUGAGGUAGGGAGCAGUAAACUGACCAUUUAAGUUAGCUGUAAUAUUUGUUUAGCAGACUUUGAGAUGUUUGGAAUGUGGCUCUCCUUCUUGGAGUGGGAUCUCCUAAGGAAGACCUAAACCCCAGGAAGGGGAAUGUUGCUUGAAACUCUGGAGUGGGUUUCUUGUUUUGCUUUCUGGUUGAAUUCACAAAGCUACUAAUCUGAGCGCCAGGUAGGUGUAUGUGUGUUUGUGUUGUUGCACAUGAACUUACUGGUUUAGUUAUAAAGCGGGCAGGGAGGUUUUCCAUGAAAAGGAGCAUGCAGGGUGUGGAGGAAAACCUCCCUUCCUCAUCCUUAUCUGUCUGCAUUCCCUUAAGAGGUUUUCUCUGUGCUGUACUUCUAGUAUUGGAGCUAGACAAGGAAAAGGAUAGGUUUCCUUCCCAUACAUACUCCUUUUGUCAUAACUCCCACUACCCCUCACUUGUCCUUUAGGGACGUGGGUGGUGCUGUGGUCUAAACCACUGAGUCUCUUGGGCUUGCUGAUCGGAAGGUCAGUGGUUCGAAUCCAUGUGAGCUCUGGCACUCUCCACGGUGUCCCGUUGCGCCAGAAGUCGUUUAGUCAUGCUGGCAACAUGACCCAGAAGGCUGCCUGCUGGCUCCCUUGGCCUGAAAAGUCAGAUGAGCGCCACACCCCAUAGUCACCUUUGACGGGACUUAAGCAUCCAGGGAUCCAUUACCUUUUACCUUACUUGUCCUUUAACUUGAAGCAGCAGGUAUAUGUUCUUAGAAGACUCAGUGAGUUGACAGUUCUUCAAUGGAAAUUCAGUGAUUUGACAAUGAUUACACUGGGCAACAAUGUUUUACUUUUUGAAUGUUGUCUAGAUUUCGACAACUGAUUUAGGGUAUUUUUGCACUGCUGAAUCAGGAAAUGGCAUCCGUUUCUCUCCAUCAGGUCAGGUUUACUGUAAACUGAAUGGUGGGCAUUGAUAAAGGUAAGUACACGUAAAUUGCAUGUUGCUUCACCAUUUUUCAAACUUCAGGGCUUGAACUUCCGUUUCUUGGAACUCCUGGAAUGCUCAGUGGCAGGGAGGUCUCUCUUCAGAGUCCAACAGUAGUCAGCCAUCAUGACUGCAUCCCAGCGACCCUGAUACCUGGUCUCCAUCUCUUUCAUGUCCUGAUGGAAUCUCUCCCCCUGCUCGUCACUCACUGAACCCAGGUUCUCAGGAAACCGGUCCAUAUGUGAAAAUAGGCAGUACAUCUUGACGCUCAUGUUGCAGCCCAGGUUUCUGAAAGCAGUCAGCAUGUUGUUGACAAGUUCUGCGUAGUUUCUGGCCUUAUUGUUGCCAAGAAAGGUCUUCACUACCAGAACAAAUGCCUUCCACGCUUCCAGUUCCACUUCGUUCAUUGAGUUUCCGAACUCUGGAUCUCUGAUGAGCUGACGGAUCUGAGGACCGUCAAAGAUGCCAGCUUUCAACUUCUCCAUGGUCAAUCCUGGAGAAGCCUGGCACAAGUAAGUGAAGCAGUCACCAUCCUUGUUCAGAGCCUUGGUGAACUGCUUGAUUAAGCCGAGCUUGAUGUGCAGCGGUGGGAAUAGUAUUCUGUCUCUGUCCACCAGAGGGUCGUUGAUGACGUUCCUUUCUUUGCAGGGCACCAAUUCCUUCCACAAAGGCCAGUCCUUCUUCGUGUAAUGCUGAGCACAGUCCCUACUAUCCCACAUGCACAGAAAACAUGGGUACUUGGUGAAGCCAGAUUGUUGUCCCAACAAAAAGUUCACCAUCUUCAGGUCAACACAAAUAAACCACUUAUGCUGAUCAUAACCAAUUUUCCCCAGCACAUACUUCACUGCUGCAUAGUUCUCCUUCAGUGUACUCGAGUGAGCCAGGGGUAUAGAGGCAAACUGGUUGCCGUUGUGUAGCAGAACACAUUUCAGUGAUCGCUUGCUGCUGUCAAUGAACAGUCUCCAAUCUUUGGGUUUGUACUGUGGCACUCCAAGCUUGAGCAGAAGCUGCACAAUAUCUGCACAGUACACCAAGUCCUUCUCUUCCGAGAAAAAACGGAGGUACUCUUGAUGCCUGUUGCGGAAGAAGCUGAUGCGAGCACUGUCAGAGAGGAGGUUUUUUUCCUUCAAUCUGGAUGCCAACAGUUCGGCAGAGACCUUUGACAAGCUGAGGUUGCGAACUAAAUCAUUCAACUCCUUUUGGGAAAAUGGAUGUGGAGCAUCAUCUUCAAGAACCACUUCUUCUUCUUCAUGUCCUUCAACACUGGAGGCAUCUUCGUCACUAAUGUCAGGAGGUUCUCCGAAGAUAGGCACUGGAAUUUCAUCACAAUGAGCUACAGGACGACGUGCUGAUUGAAGAUCAGGAUACUUGAGGCUGCUCCAGUUCUUUCUGUUGAUCCCAGCCGCACCAAUUUAUGGAAGAUUUCGACGUUUUAUGAGUUCAAACUGAUCCCUUUUCGACAUAAUCACCCAGAACUAUCGGACCUGAAUACUUCUUGUCAUUAAAAUAAUCAUUUCCAAUCAAAACAAUUAUUCGACAUGGCAUUUUACCCCCACCAACUUCUUCUAAAAUGCUCCACUCAAGCGUACAUGUGAACAAAAACAUAAAAAAAUGACAUGUGGCCAUAGCUCAAAAACUUGACCUGAUUGAGCAAAACCAAUGUGAUUUUUGGAUUCAGCGCAUCAGAUUCAUCCUAAAUCAACUGAAAAAACGCAGACAACAAAUUUGUUGUUGACCAGUGUUAUUUAAGGGCCAGCAGUAGCAGCUGGGUGAGAAUACAGUGCAAAAAACAAAACAAAAAACAGUGGCAGGAUCACUCAAGUGGAUUUAUUGCUAAACAAUUGACAAAGAUGCCGAGAUCCUGAUCCUGCAGAGGUUUAAAAGUUUCAAGGUUUCAACUGUGGCCAUGUUUCCUAAGUGUAUUUUAGAUUGGCUGCUCUUUCUCAGAAUGUAGGCUAUAGCAUCAAGGGUCUUUAGCUACCAGUUAGAUUGCUGCAGCUGCUGACUCGGAAAAAAAUGUAGCAGACUAUGAGACACCUUGCAGAAAAAGAUUUUCUAGUUUGUUAUUCUAAUGUCAUCUUUUACUUAAUGUGUUGAAGUAAAGGUAUGGCUUACAUAUUCAUGUUUUGUAUGUAACAUGUUAAGUCAGCUAGUUAGAUAGAUCUUCAGGAUUUUAUAGAUGUUAGGCCAAUAGAUUUGUGUGUUUUUUUAGUUUAUGAACCUAGCUCUUGGGUGGCUCAGGAGUUACAUAGCUUCAUAGGUUUGGGAAACUUCUUGCUAUCUAUAGAUUAGGGAUGGAUCAACACAUUUCUGGUGUGUGUUGGUUCACAUAUGAUCAUAAAUCUGUUUCUGCAACUAUCUGCAAUUUUUUAAAAGCAAAAAUAAUCACAUUAAUGUAUUAUUAUUUUUAUAAAAGACACAUUUUGAACGCAUUUUAUCCUAAAAUACACAUUUUUGUGUGCAUUUCGGUACAUUUUUUGAGCCGAUACCUGUAUUGCAAAAUGGGAGAAGUAUGAAAACAGAAGGAUAACUGCGUUCUGAUCCACGUAUUAGUCUGGUAAGUGCAAAUCUAGUCAGUUUGCUUAAAAAUGAAGACCAAACAAAAUCCUCAAGCAAUUCAAGGAUAGGUGGGUAGGUCAUUUCUCUCUCUCGUAGUUUGUCUGCAGGGGAUAUCAACCUGCUAGCUAUAUGGAGCUGCAUUAUCUUUACAAUUCUAUGAUCUCUCACCAGGCAGCUUAUUGCAGUUGUCUAGCUAGCAAGGAUGUGCUCUGUGUGGCACAGGUCCUUGAGGAAAGAAAAAAUGAAUGCAGUCGGCAGGAGGUAGCAAGUUGUGCAUAGAUGUAGGGUGCCCAAAUAUUUGCGCAAGGGCUAAGUAUCCAUGUGCCUCCAACAUGUCCAGAAAAGAACAUGGAAGGUGAGAAUUAAUAUCUUGCUCUAAUUUCUAGCAGAACCAGUAAGGAUAUGGUUGGAUCUUAGUACAGAUGUCAUAAAGUCAAUUUUUAGUGAGUUUACAUGUGUAUUGUUCAUAUUUGUAAGCCGUUUGUUGUGAAGAACUAUUGUUUUUCAUGUAGGUAUGUUACAUGGAAGAAAGUGAAAGCAUGUAAACGCCUUAAUUUGGUGGAAGCAGCACAGAAAUGUCAACUUCUUAAUCCAUAGGAAAUAAAUUUAGGCUGUGAUUGUAUGCUUAGCUGGGAGUAAGUUCUACUGAACUUGGUGAAGUUACUUCUGAGUAGACAUGCACAGGAUCACACUGUUUCUCAAUUUGCUGGAAUGUGGAAGUCCUCAUCAAGGGGGUUUGGGAAGUUACUAAGGGAAGUAUAAUUUUGCAUUUAAAUAAAGCAUCUUCAUUGCAAAUAAAAUUAUAUUAUUAAAAUCAUUUUUUAACAAUAUAGUUUGAAACCCUGUGCUCCAAUUUGACCAUAAAUUUUAAACACCUAAAUAUUCAGAGAUAAUGAAAUGAACAUCUCUGUGUGAGAUGGUUGUCUUUGCUACACUAAAUAAGGCAGUUUUCAGUCAACUCGUUAAAAAAUCUAUGCUGGACCCAGACAAUUGUGCCAGCUUCCUGCCAGUUACCAAUGUACCUUUUGGGGCCAAGGUGUUCCCGCAACCCCAGACACCCUUGAACGACACUGAUUAUCUAAAUCCAUUUUUGGUUAGAGUUUGGCACAGAAACUUUGAUCACCGUGGUGCCUCCUUUGUCAGGAGAGAGUAAGAAAUUGCAAUCCUGUUGAUUUUCCUGUACCUCUCAGAGGUGUCCAGUACCAUCCACUAUGAUAUCUUGAUGAACUGGUUGGCUGGUGGAAAUUGGUGUAUAAUGUUGUGGGCUCCUGCUCCCUUGAUGAUCAACUAUAAGGCUGCUUAUUGGAAGUUAUGCUAUGGUGUUCUUCAGGUUUUAUUCCAUGUGUUGGACAGCAUCUAUUAUAAAUCUACAGACUGAGGUGUUCUCAAUAUUUUGAUAGCAUGAAGCUCUAUUCUCUUGUUUGUUAUAGUCAGGUGAAGCGGUAUAAGUGCUGUUCAUUGUCAAGUGAUAGUGUACUCCACCUGAAAAAUCAGGUUCCCAAUAUGGAGGUGUUAGCCUCAGAGACCCAAGUGACCUCUGUGGCAUGAAGCACCUUUCACCUGCAAACAGUUGCACACCAACUGCUAUCUUUCUCAACAACGGAGAUAGCCUGACCACAGUUCUCCAUGUAUGCGUUUAGAGUAUUGUAACGUACUGCAUCAUGUGGGACACCUUUUGAGGACUGUUCAGAAACUACGCUUACUGCAUAAUGUAACAGUGGGGCUGGUCAUACUGGAGUUUUAAAAUUGCCACACCGCUUUCCAGUUAAUUUAAACUUCCUGAUUUUGACCUAUUCUGUUCUAAUAGUAAACUCAUUCUCAAAGUGUGGAUACUUUUGGACCAAAGCUCACAAUUUGAAAGAGAAGUAUUACAAAAUAAGGAUAAACCUUUGUCCAAAAUGUAUAACUUUUUAUUAGAAUGGGAAACAAAUGAUGAGCUAGUUAAAGCUUCAGCGACACACUGGGCAAUAGAUAUAGGACACAAUAUAAACCUCUGGGAUAAACUUUGGAAAAAUGAUCUGAAAUUUACUGCAUGUUAUUCAUUCAAAGAAAACUAUUUGAAAAUGAUCUAUAGAUGGUCUUUAACUCCGAAUAGGUUGGCUAAAAUGUAUAAAGUAGAAAUCAGAUAUGUGUUGGAAAUGUAAGGAAACGGAAAGACUUUUUUCAUGUGUGAUGGACAUGUAAAAAAAGUAAAUGAGUACUGGGAAAUGAUUUAUAAUGAGUUGAAAAAAAAUGUUUAAAAUAACCUUCCCAAAAAGACUGGAGUCCUUCUUAUUGGGAAUAAUUCAUACAGAAAUUCCCAGAUGUCAGAAAAGUUUUUUUAUGUAUGCAACAACAGCGGCUCGAGUAUUGUUAGCACCAAAAUGGAAAGUGAGUGAGGUCCCAGGUAAAGAGGAUUGGCAAUGUAAGAUGCUAGAAUAUGCAGAACUUCAGGCUUAACACAUAGAAUAAGAGAACAAGAAGAACACAUAUUUAAAGAAGAGCAGAAAAUAUUUAUUGAAUAUAUGGAAAAUAAUUGCACGCAGCUGAAAAUGCUGGCAGCAUUAAGAUAAAUUCAUCAGUGUGAUUAAUGUUUGAACAAUGUAAAAAUAGAGAACUGAUUUAAUUAGUUAUAGUAAAAUAUGCAGGAAUGGAAGAUAAGUAAAAUGAACCAUGGAAGGAGAAGAAAGGAAGUCAUUGGAUAUUUAAAAGUAUGUAAAAUGUUUAUUCUGAAAUGUAAAAAUUGAUACCUCUGAGAGAAUGAUGGCAUUUCAGAGAACAUAGUACAGAAACUGACCUAAAAAUGUUUAAAAUAAAUAAAUUCAUGGUUUUAAGGUUUUGAGGGAUGCUUAAAAUCAUGAGACCUGUGACAAAUAAUGGCUUAGCAAGCAUUCUAAUUAUCACUUUCAUAUUCAUGCUUCAUGUUUGUAAGCAUAACUAAAAAAAUGCACUACAGGUUUAAUAUUUAAAACUGUUAAAAUGGCAAAAGCAAUAUUGUAAAGAGUCUUGAAACAUUUGUAUUUUGUUUUCAGAGUAUGAAAUAGAGAGAUCUUUUUUUCUGCGAAUGAAGUGUGUUUUGGCCAAACGGAAUGCAGGACUAACAUGUAGUGGUUACAAGGUAAAGUGCUUAGAUUUUUGCCAUCUUCGCAGGGCAACAGGUUUUAAUUAUAGAAGCUUGCCUUAAAGCAAACACAUAUUUUAUAGUAAUAUACAGUAAUAUCUGUGACAUUAAUGCUAGGGCUGAGCCAAAAUGGAAGGAAGUCUGUAAAAAUUUCCCCCAUCAUGAAACUUGCCUUCACUCUUUUUUGGAGGUAUGUGUGGAUUUGUGAAACAUGGCAAAAAUGUUAGACUAUUCAAAAUGCAGUCAGGAAGACAUCAUUCUGAUACAGCUUCAUGAUAACACCAUGAAGUCAAAGUUGACUGUCUCUCUGACAUCCUCAUGCUGUAUGUGUCUGGAAUUCCAUUUUUAAAAAAGGCACUAAAGUGGCAGAUCAGGAAAAGAAGCACCUAAGAACAGUAUGCAAAAAAGAUAAGCAAUGGGUGCAUGUGCAACACUCCACUCUUUUUUAAAACUUCAUAGGUGAAGAUUCAGUACAGCUCUGAUUAAUAGCAUUUAUUGCCAUAGGCUCCUCAGUGAUGGAACUCUGCUUCCAGGGAGGCUUGUAUUGUACUAUUCUUACUAUCUUUGAGGGGGCCAGUGAAAACCUUCCUUUAUUGCAAAGGGCCUCUUAGCUGAGUUAGAUUUAAAACAGGAUAUUUUGUCUUGCUUUUGGGGGAGGGAUCGUAGCUCAGUACUUUGUGUACAGAAGGUCACAGGUUCUCUCCAUAGCAUUUCCAGUUAAAAGAUUAGGUAGCAGGUGAUGGGGAAGACCUCUGCCAGACACCCAUGAUAACUUCUGUCAUAGUAGACGUUACUGGGCAAGGUAGGCAAAUGGUCUGGCCUGUUAUCAUACAGCUUGCUACAGUGUUUUGCUCUGUAAAGCUCUUUCUUACUGUGAACCACCCACAAUGCUUCACUAUGGGGCAAUAUGGAAAUUAAACAAAGAAUUUAUUUAGGCAGGUAAACUCCAGUGUAUUUUGUACCUUCUCCUUUGACUAAUUAGCAGACUGUUGGGCAAUCUCCGUUUCCCCCAUGCACAUCCACCAUGCACGUUUCUCUUUCUCUCUGUCCCUCCCUCCCUCCCUCCCCAUUCCCUUCUUCCAGGUCCACAGCCUCUUGUGCAGACAUGCAAAUGCUUUGCAGUAAAGCUUAUAGCCUAAUACUGUGCAUGUUUACUCAAAAGGAAGGCUUUGCUGAAUUCAUUGGGGCUUAUUCCCAAGUAAACAAUCAUAGUGUUGUGUGUUUUCCUUUGCUACCUCAUGCUAUGUCCCGGGAGAAGCCAACCCCAAAUCCAGUCUGCAAUGGUUUUGGCUGUCAUUUGUUUGCUGCAUCAGCAGCCUCUAUGAAAGCAGCUUCUGCCACAGCAAAUAGCAAAUGGCUUGUUUGCAAGGAUAACUGAAAACUCUGAGGAUCAGAUGGAUUGAAGGUGGAAAUUGCACAGCAGUUCUUCCUUCUCUUCUCUCCUUGAGUGAAUGUGAGGAGGCGAAGGUGGAAGGCCUCUGCAUGUACAUGUUACUGAGACCACUAAACUCACUGAACGUACUUUUGAGUAAAUAUGCAUAGGCUACACAUUAUAAUGAAUCAUGAAUGCAUGUGGAGAAGCGAAUGGAAUUGCUUCUACCCCUAUGAAGGUUCAGCAUGCCAUGUGAACGAGCCUAUUCAUAUACUGAUGGUAUGGCUAUAGGCUCUGUCUGCACAAUCGCAAACUCUGAAAAAGGCAUGUCUCCAGUUGCAUGUGCAGUGCUUCCACACUCACAUCUUUUUGUGCUGAAUUAUGCCAUGAGCGCCAACCACAAAAUGACUAACAUGGUGUGGGUGGCAUAAAAUGGCUGCUUUAGGGUGUGUGGCAUAACUCGCCCACAUUUAAAAGAGCAGAAAAAGACUCAGGACUACCAAAUGGUGUGUGCAUGUCCCCCCUGUUGCAUCAGUGUGGAAAAAGGCAUCUACCCCAGCAACUACCGUAUUGCUCAUAGAGAGAAGUUCUUUGCACCUCUCUUUGUUCAGAAUAGGUGUGUGUCCAUUCAAGUGAAAUGUGGGCAUGUUUAAUAGAGUGUGGUCAGUGUAGGAGAGGCCAAACCAGUGCAAACAGGAGCUGAGCUGAAAGAGCAAACAGACUCUCAUGCGUUGCAGAUUUUUGAGCGGAUUAUUUACUGAGACCUGUGGACUCCAUGUUGGCAACCCCAGGGGUUGGGACACAAUCCUACUGUCUUUCAGUUUCUGUCAGUCUUUCUGUCACCACUCAUCUCUGCCUCCCUCCUUCCAAGCCGAUAACUGUUUAUGGCAAGACUUCGGUACAAACACCAAACAGUGUUCUGUGUGUGCAUUUCAACAUAGGCUUAUCAAAUGUAUAAUUUAAAUUUGUGUGUAUGCAUGUUUAAUUAGGUUUAUGCAAAGAAAAAUAUUAUCUGGAUAUUUCACACUGACCAUUAUGUUAUAAGAAGAUAAUGUAUAAUAAAUAUUCAGAGGGCCACAAAAAUAAUUUGAUACUCUGAAUGUAUCUAGAGAAUGUCGAGUCAAGAUCUUUGCAAUUUAAUGUCAGCUUAAUUGUCAUAUAGUGUUAGCAUGCAAUACAUGGUAUAUGUUGACCUCUGCUUUAAAACUACCAAUUCACCUGUAAAAAGACUACUCAGGAAACACACACAGAGUGAGAGUGAGAGUGAGAGAGAGAGAGAAUAUAUCCUGGAGAUUUUAGGUAAACAGUAUUGUCAAGAGGCCAUCUUAGUCAUUCGUUUCCCCUUCAUAACUGUACCUUUUUUCUCCCAUAUCAUACCAGGUGAUCCACUGCAGUGGCUAUUUGAAGAUACGUCAGUACAUGUUGGAUAUGUCUUUGUAUGAUACCUGUUACCAAAUUGUGGGGCUGGUUGCUGUAGGUCAAUCAUUACCUCCGAGUGCAAUCACUGAGAUCAAACUCCAUAGUAACAUGUUUAUGUUCAGAGCAAGCCUAGAUCUAAAACUGAUAUUUCUAGAUUCAAGGUAAGUAAAAAUUUAUUUUUUAAAAAUGGCUGUUCUAUUUUUCCACAUGCUUGUGGCAACUUGCAAAAGAUAGCUGAAAAAUAUAAAGCUGAAAAAACAGCAAGAGAACAAUAGAAUCCACACAAAACUGUAGCAACAAUAUUAUCUUUGAAUAGUUACAGCAUUUGAAAAUGAAGCUUUGUUGUAUGUUAUACCUGUUACGCCUGUAACAUGAACAUGGCAUAAAGUGACACUUUAAGAAUCACUGUAGGACAAGCCACUGCUCAUGGAGUAAAUACUUUUAUUUGGUAGCAUCUAGCAGUCAUUGUUGAAAUUGAGUUAACCAAAAUUACUGGAAGACUGAGGUUGUCUUUUGAAGACUGGAUAUUCUUUGAAUUAUGCAAAGUGGAGAAUAGAGGAAGUAUUAAGUUGCUGCAUUACAAAGUUGACAAAUGAGGCACAGCUCAAAUAGAAAGCUGUUGGCAAAACUUCAUACACAGACCAGGACUCUGAAGUUCUUAGUUUGUACUUUUAUCACAAAACCAUAUUUGCUCCAUCUUUUGUUCCUAAGGUCGCAGUUUGUAUAGCUUGCAUACCAUAAUAUGGGAAUGCUGGGGGUUGGACUAGAUGAUCCUUGGGGUACCUUCCAAUUCUACAGUUCUAUGAUUCUAUGAAAAUAGCCAUUUGUAAGAUGUAAUGUCAAUAUUGGCUUGAAUCCUAACUAAUACAAAAUAGGCCUUUGCUGCUAAAAUGCUGAAGUGAAUUCCCACAGAAAUAAUAGAACAGGAGAGUCUUCUUUUGCUGUUCCUGCUGUGUACAACAUACCUCACCCAGCCCUAAACCACUGCAUGUUAAAAAGAAAUAAAACUAAUUCACACUAAUUGUUUGUUUGUUUAUGGACCAUUUAAUUAUAAAUAUGGUCAAAGCAGUCUAAGCAACAACUUACUAUAAAUUCACAAUAAUAACAUUUGCUGUUUUGUUAGCAGCUGUGUUGCUCUUUCUUGGUCAUGUUUGUCUUUGUCUUUACUGAGAUGUUUUGUUUUAUCUUGCUCCCAGUUUAGCAAAAUUUAAAAAUAAUAGGGAAAGGGAUAUUGGACAGAAACAGUAGGUUGUGAAGUUGUCUUUGUAAAUAUUUCUCGAACUGAAAUAUUGCUCAUGACAUCUGUUGAUAUUUGAUAUGGGUAUAUUUGAAAAUAUCUUAGUUGCUAUGCAAUGGUGUUUCGUAUUUGACAGCAUUUUAUAUUACUAAUAUAUAGUUAAACUCUUGUAUCUGGAGUGAAGUGAAAAGGGAAUACUGGUUGUUAACCCAGUAGUUUUUUGGUCGACUCAUGUACUGGGGUAAGACACUGAAUUAUGUCUGUGCUAUGUGAGCUACAGAUAAUUUUUUGAUCAUAAGAUGGGAUGAAAAGAUCUGUCAUUUUUUAUUCUUUAAGCUUCUCAUUUUUUCCAGUCUUAACUUCAGUUCUACAGCAAUUUGUGAUUUAUUUAUUUUUAAUCCUCAUGAAAAUUCUUCAGCAUUUUAGUGCAAAUUUAGUAGGCAAAUUUAUCCUCCUAAACAUAUUUUUGGGUGCAGUUUUGACUAAUGUACAGAUUUUUAAAAGCAACUUUUACUAAUAUAAUGUGUUUCUGUAUGCUUUCACAGAUAAUUCAUUCUUAUACACAUAUCUUUCUAAUAUAUGCAUUUUUGUAAACAUUGGUUGGAGAACUGCACAGCAAAAUUCAGAUGAGUGUGAAUUUGAUUAAUUUGGCUUUAAAAGCUAACUGAAUUCAAUUUCUUCCCCAUUGCUACUUAUAAGUGACCUUUCCCUUGGUGUUCAACUAAGCAAUACAUUUUGAAACUUUAGUGGAGAAAUAAUUUAAAAUUAUCUACAAGUGGAGCAGUGCUGGAGGUUACAAUGUAGAGAAGAACUGAAAAGUUAAUAGGGUAGGGGUGUGGACAUAUGAGUAUUUGUUUCUAUCAGUUUUCAAAAGGAGGCUAAAAGCACGCUACUAAAUUUCUGUAUCUUACUUUCAAAACUUACCAGAUAUUGAACGUGAGAGAUAAAUGAAAAAUGUGUUGACUUCAAGACAAAAUAGCAAACUCAUGACCUUAGUGGUAGAGGAAAAUGAAUACUCUCAGCAGUGCUUGAUUUCAUUUGCUGUAUUAACUCAUUUCCUCUUCUGUGUUCAUUACAAACAGGAAAUUAGUUCUACAUAAUGCCUUUGUAAAGAGUUAUAUUUUAGGCUUUUGAGUAGAAUACCCUAUUGCUCUCCCCCCACCAAGGAAAGGAUAAAAAUCAAUGUCACAAAGUUUAUUAGCAUUUUCUUGCUGUUAUCUGUAAUCAGACAGCACAGCCAUUGAUGAUGAAGUCCAAAACAUCUGCAGGGCACCAGUUGGGGGAAGCCUUGCCUAAUCCUUUAGUAUCAUUGUUCUAAGUAAUAAUAGCACCUUCUCUGAUACCUAUUGAUAAUCAAAGACGGGUGACAAACAAGAUGGACCAUGUGGAUGGGUUUAGCAUUCUGAUCCCUAGAUAAAUCUGGAUUACCGUACUUUUCUGUCUAUAAGACUGUGAUUUUUUUUACUCAAAAUUAGGGGUCGUUUUAUACAUGGGUAGUGUGCAUUGUGGGGAUAUCGGAUUGGUUGCUGCUAGUUGGAGAUUAUUGGUGGCUGUGGCAAGGGCUGGUGUUGAUUGGCUGUCACUGUGGCAAUUGGGCAGCCAAUGUGCUGCGUUUUUCGGCGUUGGGACAGAGGAUUGGUUGAUUUGGCGAUGUGCUCAAUUCUGGGCAGUCCUCCCCCAAAAUCCCCCCUUUUCUUAAUUUUGAGCCCCCCAUAAUAGGGGGCAUGUUAUACACGGAAAAGUACGGUAUCUUUAAAGACCAGUUAAGACAAGAUGGCUUUGCCCUAUGGCUACAUCAUGAGAUUCCUGCUGAGAGGACCUGUAAUAAUAAUAGCUUAUCACAUGAGUUAUAUUGCAGUGAAGGCUGUAACUGUGCAAAUCUUGUGUCCAGACAGUGAAAUGAUCACACUUUCACAUCGUACAGGUGCUGCAGAAGGCAUAUUUUAUCCUUUUAUCCUCAGUGGUAGGGCCUUAGUAUUUUUUUUUGUACCCAAGUUAUUUGUGUUGCAGUGUUCAUUGUCCUGUUAUUCUGUAAUAUCUAACUUAAAUGUUCUUUUCAUCCCUCUUAAGGGACACUGCUAUUCCUUCUCCUAAGACAAGUAUCUAGUUUCUUUUAUGCUCUCUUAUAUUUAUAAACUGAUUACAGGCCCUACAGAUUAAUCACUCCUGUUAUAUUCAUUAAUCUUGGCAAAAGGUAAAUGUCACUUGUGGGUUUGCUUACUCUUUUCUUGAGUAGCUCUCUAAGCACAGAAGGAAGCUCACAAGACAGUAAUAAAUUUGUUUGAAAAACUGACUAUCACAUUGUUGAUACAUACUAUUGAGCACACUUAGAAUGUAUCCCCCCACCCUCCCUACUCAGGCAAAGAGAUAGCAAUAAAGCAUCUAGACCAAGCAUGGCCAAACUUGGCCCUCCAGCUGUUUUGGGACUACAAUUCCCAUCAUCCCUGACCACUGGUCCUGUUAGCUAGGGAUGAUGAGAGUUGUAGUCCCAAAACAGCUGGAGGGCCGUCAUAAAUUUAAUGCAUCCCAAAGAAAUAACAACUGCUACAUUUGGACCAGGAAUGAGACUUAAUAGUAUCCAGCAGGUGCUCUAGUAGGAAGCUAUCUCUUAUGUACCCUUUUAGUCUGUAUUAUUGUCCCAGAGUCCCCGUAGGAGGCCCCACAAUUUAUUUCAUCUGUGCCAUAUCCUGCAGUACUGCUAGUUGUAUCCUUCGGCAAUUCUGCAUGUGAGCAAAUAUUCAUCCUCUGUCCCAUUAACCAGUCAACACCAUACCUACUCAUUAUCUUACCAAAUGGAACAGCCACUGAAAAUGUUUCUGCUUAAAAGUGAGAAUUGUUAUUAUAGCAUUCCCCUAUAAUAGAUCAGUGCUAUGUAAUGCUUGAUAUAUUUCAGCAUAAUCCUUUAUACUGAAAUGCAUAUAGGUAUUUUAAAUAUACUGUUGAGAUUUUGUACUCUAUGAAGCUAAUAAAGUUAAAAACAAAUGUAUACUGUAAGCCUGCAACUUAUGUGGGGGUUACAUUCCAGGGAUUGCUCCUUAAGCCAAAAUUGUGUAUAGUCAAAACACAUUGGGUUCAAUAGCAGGUGGGAUUGCCAGAGUCUUUUUUCUCAGAUGCCUACCCCCUUUCUGCCCCUUUUGGUGUUUAAAAUGCUUUUUGCCAAGCACGUAAAACUGAAUGCGCACAACUUAAAUGUGCAUAAGUUGUGGGUUUACUGUAAUUCUGAAGGUUUCAGGAAACUUGAUUUCUGGAAAAGGAGAGCAAUUGUUUUUAUUGCUGUAAAAUAUUUAAGGAUGCUGCUUAUUAGCUAUAUUUCUUUCUUUUAGAGUGACUGAAUUAACUGGAUAUGAGCCACAGGACCUGAUAGAGAAAACUCUCUACCACCAUGUGCAUGGAUGUGAUGUAUUUCAUUUACGAUAUGCUCACCAUCUUUGUAAGUAAUGGAAAACAAGUAAAAUAAUUUUGUAAUGAUGUUGAUGUGAGUUAUUCACAGUAAAAGUAUUGGGGAACUAUGACUGGGCACAGCUUUCCUAGUAAAAAACUCACAUGUAAAAUGGUAAUGUAUUGUCUACACCUGGGUUUCAUAUUAAUUCAUUGGUGUAACUUUUUAAUAUGUGAAGCUGCUGGAACAAAUUUUGAAAGGAAAGUAAAUUGAUGAAUCAGAGAUUAUUCAUAUCCAUAUUCUUCAAGUUAAGAAAAUGUGAGCUAGUACUGGAAGAAGACGAAGUGACUGACAGUUUGUUACAGCUGUUGCUCCAGUACUAGUAGAUUUCCUAAAGAACUUCAUUAGCAACAUGCCAAGCUAUCAGGAUGACUAGGGUAGGAAUGAUAUUUGUGCACAAGUCUCUGGAUUUCAUGUGUAUUACAGAUUAGGCAACUCCUUUUUAAUCAUAAUGAAUUUCUUUGGUAUUCUGACAGUGCAGUAGUGGCAGAAUUCACGUGUUCAAAGGCUGCCUGGAUAAAUUUAAUAAAUAGCAACAACAAAUAAUUCACACUUUUUAGACAAGCCUGAGAACUUUUAUUUUGAAGUUAAAGCAGUGUUUUGGAGCUCUGCAUUCAUUUCCCACCAAAUAUUAUCCUCUCCCAACUGUUUACAGCACCUUUGGGAGCAAAUGGCUGCUGUGGAAGGCAGUAACAUUUAUAAUGGAAAUUGGGUAUGUUUGGCUCAGAGUAAUAAAUGUAAAGAACCUUCAGGCACUGGCUAUCUUAGCUGAACUAAUCUAUAGUAAGAAAAUCCAAAUUCUCUUAAGGGUAUGCAUAUCGACUUAAUAGAGAUGUUUUAAUUUUAUGAAAAAAUACAUGCAUCAGGAAGCUUGGGAAGUGGUCUGUGAGGAAAGAACUCUAGGUUAAAGCUAGACAACUGUACAACUAGUUCCGUGUAUUGAGCAGGACUUCUGCUUGUUCCCAAAACUGUGGUGCCCCGUUUCUCUGCUCAUGGAAGUGGUUGCAGGAUCUCAAGCAACCACUAUUUUUCAAUAAGCUGCUAAAAUAUAAAGUCAUGCUUUAAAGUUAAAUAGCCUGGCUUGUUUGGAAGCCAUUAACCAUAGUUUCCUGCUUCAGUUGUAACAGGAAGCUAUAGUUAACUGCAAAUUUCCUGUCUUGCACAAAGAGAGGAGCAGAGUAGCGACAUACAGGUGUAUGAGGCUCAUUCAUACCUCAGCUUAUUAAGCCAAGAUAUGAUUGUCAGAAAGCAGUCACUGAGAAAGUAUAGUCCAAAAUGUUCUUUCUCCAUAUCACUUCAUUCUUAAAUCUACAGUCAAUAUGGGAUGUUAAGAAAAGGAUAUACAAGAAGGCAGAAGGCAGAACACGUUUUGGUUUGAGAUUUUGUAUUACAGCUAUAAGAGAAUUGGAUAAACUUAUAAUUAGGCAAGAGUCCAGGAGUACAAGAAAGCACAAACGAAGGCUCAAAUGAGUUUUUAGCCUGCAAUCCUAUACACAUUUAGUGGGACUUCUGAGCAGACGUAUCUAGGAUUGUGUUUUAUUUAUUGGAUUUUGUAUUAGAAAAGACCUGUAUUAAGAGAACAUUCAGUCGCAAUAACCGAAAUACUGCCCUUGCUUGAAAGUUCAAUUAUAAGGGUAAAAUGCUCUUUUUAAAAAACAAAUAAACCAAAGUAGAAUGGUAUGGCCUGAAAAUCAAUGAUGUAACAAACUUUCUUAAGCCAAGCAGGUCUGGGUCAAUGUCUGAAUAGAAGGUCACCUGGGAGCCUUAAAUAUGCCACCUCAAGUUUCAUGGAGGAAAGGCAGAGUAUGAGUAUAAUUAAAUUCCUUUCAUGUUAUGUUUUAUAGUGUUGGUGAAAGGACAAGUCACAACCAAGUACUAUCGGUUGCUGUCAAAGAACAGUGGCUGGGUUUGGGUCCAGAGCUAUGCCACGAUUGUACACAACAGCCGCUCAUCACGACCUCACUGCAUAGUGAGUGUUAAUUAUGUCCUAACGUAAGUCCAUAUUUCCUACCAUUGUAUACCACAUUCAUUUUAUUCAGUGUCUCAUGUUGAUAACUUUAUCUGAUUCUUCCAUCCUGAUUUCCACUUUGUUACUUUAAAAUGUUGAUCACCGAUAUAUAUAUAUUUGUUGUGCUUUAUAAUACUCUAUCAGGUUUUAGUAAGGUAGACAUCAUUUCCUAGGGGGGGUGGGGAAAGUAUUUUGGUAUGGCCAACUCACUUCUGGGCUUCAAUCUCACAGCUGAAGACUGUUCUAGACAACCAAUCUAAUACUAAAAGAAUGACUACAUUUCAAAUAACAUUAAAUGUCAUUAUUGAAAACCUUUCUUGAAGUCCGUCUACCAGGGAUGUUUUGCUGCCUGACACAAGGUAGAAGAGGGCACAUCCCUUUCCAUGUACAGAGGUUGCCUGAACUAGAAGUUAAAUCUUAUUUCAACACUGGCAAUUGUACAGCAUCUUUCGCUGCACAUCAAGGGAGCAGUCUACCUUAGGAGGAACAAUGCAGGCUGCAUUGCACACACAUAAUUCUAUUCUGCAUCAGAGAGGCACAGCUGGGGUAGGGAUCAGGGGGCGAUGCUGCUACUGCCCCCCUGCACUCCAGCAUCUGCCACCUGAGAUGUCCACCUUGCUCUGCCUAAUGGUAGGGCUGGUCCUGCUCUACUCCUACACUGUGACAUAUUAAUGAACUAAAAUGGCAUUGGGAUAAAUGCAGCUCUUUUAGAGAAAAUGCAGGUGCAGAUCAGCUGAUGACCAAAAAAAAAAAAAAAACCUCCAGAAAACUAAUUAAACAAACAACAACCGAAGGAGAUAACCAUUCUUACGACACGGAGGCAGACAAUUACUUUAGGAUGGAGGAGGGCAACCAUUUUUCAAAUAUAUUAUUAACUAUUUAUGGGUUCCAGCUGCACAACUAUGAACAAAUGACAGGUUGAGAGUGUAUAUCAAAUAACUGCUUACAUACACAGUAUUAUAGAGGCAGUUGAAUGAAAGCUUUGAAAGUAUGAGAGGUGGCCCAGUUACUCCUCUCUGGCAGUGUCUGGAGUUCAAGUGUCCUGAAUUGAACUCCUAACCUAGCUUCACCGCUACCAACCCCUUCCUAUCAUUUCUUUGUGCAUUAAGGAUUCAGUUUUAAUAGUCCAGUGACUGUGGCAUGUCUGGUAUUAUUUUUUGAAGCUUUCUUUAUGCCAGGGUUGGAGAACCUUUUUUCAGUGUGAGGGAAACAUACACUCAGGGUUACCUUUACAGGGGUUAUGUGCCAGCAGGGGGCAAGGCUGGAGGCAAAAGUAGAUAGAGCAAUGGGUGUGAUUUUUACCUUGUGUGCACCUGGAAUGCAGCCUGCUGUACACGUGUGUAUACACGCACAGUCUCCAUCUAGGCAUCUGAGAGAUAUUAUCAUAGUUCAAGGAAACAGUACAGCCAGGCUGUACUCAAGGAGUGUUGGGUGAUGCAUGGCUUGCAGAGUCCCAAGGGCCAGCUAGAGAGGCCCAAAGGAUCACAUUGGCACCUUAGGCCUGAGGUUCUCCCCCCGCCCCAAUUUAAAUGCUUGGGGGCACAUAAGUGAGGAGAAAGAUGCAAAUGGACCAUUCCUCUGUUGCAAUGCUGUUGUUGUUUUUUCAGAGAUAUAGAAUAUAAGGAACUCCCAUUAUCAUUGGACCAGGUCACCAUUUCUAAAUCACAGUUUCCAUGCAGAAAUUCAGCGUCUACCUCACAAGAAACAAGAAAAGCAACAAAACCUAGAAGUAAUAAAAUGAAGACAAAACUCAGAACAGCGCCAUAUCCACAACAGGUAGUAGUUUUUCCCCUCUAUCAACAUUUCAUGCUAAAAGUGUGUGGCAACCUAUCUGCAACAGUAGCUGUGAAUAGUCACUGGAAUUUCCUGCAAUUCAAAAUAUUAUAAAUUCUGUUCCUUUUAAUAGCCUGAUCCUACAAAUUGCUGCUUGGGGUACUGAGUACUGCAAGUUUAGAGGAUCAAGAAUAUGAACUGUUGCAGCAAUACAGCAUCACUUGUGGUUGAAUUAUUUCAACCAAUUCAGGGAACUACACUGGUGCAACAGCUUGUUGUACCAGCAGCAUUCACCCUUUUGACAGAUGCAACAGUUUGCUUGGAAAGCCACCAAGAUCGUACAAAACGGGCAGAAAGGAGACAAUACAUGACCAGGUCCAGAAAGGUGCUCAGGGUGAGCGUUAACAAUAGACACAAGAACAAGACAAAGGUAGAGUGCAGGGACAAAGAAUAAAAUAGGGUUGAACUGUCCAUCUAAAGAUCUGCCAGCUUCAGGACUGGUGUAGUUUCCUCCCUAGUUUGGGAGUAUAUCAUUUGGAUACUGCAUUUCGGAGAGACUUGCAGUCUUCUUUCCCUGAUUGGAUUUGUCUUGAUUUGGAGCAGAAGCCAUCUUUGCCUUGAGGAGCACCAUACCAGCAAUGUGCAAAGUCUUGCUUUUAGGGAAUGUUUAAAAUGACUGACAGAAGAGCAUUCCCAGCAGUGCUGUGCAAAGCCUUUGUGCCAGUCAUUAGGAAACUUCCCUUGGAGCAAGGCUGCUCACAUUGCUGGUUAGCUGACCCUCAUGUCAAAGCUAGCUCUCACCUCUUUCUGAGCAAUUUUCUAAGUGUAAAAUGAAAAAAAAAGGGGCAGGCAAAUGUUUGAGUGGAUAAACUUGUAGGCACUUGGAAAAAAGGAAAUAAAAAAUUAGACAGCCUGACUUGAAAUAUGGAGGUAGGGGUGACCUUGAGCUUUCAAUCCAAAGCAAGAUAAGUGUGUCAGAUCAAAAACAAGCCAAUGGGGAAGCAGAUGUUCCCACCUCAGUGCAGGGGGGCACGACAUCAGGUCCCCCAGACCUCUGUGUGGCCCUCUGAAAUCUUGCCAGCUAAAGGGAAUAUGUGAAAUCAUUUUAAAGUGUUUCCAAACAUGUGCAGAAUGCCUUCCUCCCUCACCACUAAAGCUAUAGCUUGUCCAUCACACACAGGAUUAAGGAGCAGAGCUUCCAGAAAAAUGCCAGAAAGGCUUGCGCUCCAGUUCCUCUCUUUAGAAAUUAAGUGCUGCCAACUUCUCUUAGUUUAUAUGAACUGGUGUGACUGCAGUUCAAGGUGGUACUUGGCUGCAGUGCACUCUGUUAGUCUGUUAUACUGACAGAUUUCAGAGUCAGCUAUUAAACACUUUUCUUUCUUUUUAUUUGCUUUUUCAGCAAUACAGCUCCUUCCAGACAGACAAACUGGAAUGUGGCCAGGUUGGAAGCUGGAGAUCCAACUCCACAGCAAAUUCUGCCACCAUCCAAGAACAAGCCUUCCAUUCAGAAAACAGCGAACUUUUAUACACCCCAUCGUACAGCUUACCUUUCUCUUACCAUUAUGGACACUUCCCUGUAGACCCUCAUGUAUUCAGUAGCAAAAAACAAAUGCUGCCUUCUAAAUUUGGGCAAUCUCAAGGAACACCUUGCGAAGUAGCUCGAUUUUUCUUAAGUACUUUGCAGACAAGUGGAGAGUGCCAGUGGCACUAUGCCAAUUCUCUUGUUCCAGGAGGCAGUCAGUCACCAUCGAAAAGUCCUUCCGAUCAGUCAGCAAGCAGCGUACGCCAUAAUCUCUUACAGAGUUAUGAAGGUGUGUAUUAAAUGAACAAAUCUGAAGCUCUAUUAUACCCAGAAAAAAAUCAUACAUGUUAAAUAUUUUUCAAAUAUUAAACAUGUGUUGUGGGUAAAACUAUUUUAAACCUUUAACAAAAAGAGGCUGAUGAGUUGUUAAGGAAAGGACUGAAAAUAGUUGCAACUUACAUUUAUACUUUAAUUUUGCUCCUGAAUUGUUCAUAUUUCUUUCUGAACAUAAUGCAAGAAUAAUAGUUAAGAUGCAAAUCUGAUUGAUAACUAAAAUUACCCCAAUUCUGUUGCAAAGAAUUUAACAAGAAGCCUAAAUUCAGUUUUCUUAGGUCUCCUAGAUUUUCUUAGGGUGUAUUCACACAACACACUUUUUAUUGUGUAGCCCUGCUACUACAAGCUUACUGACAAUCCUGUAUAUUGUAGACCUCACACUAGAGUUCAUGGGGCUACAUCAGAGCAGACAAUUGGACCACAUUGUCCUCACAAUAUUGUUGUUUUGUCAGAGAAUCAGAUCUGAAAAGAAAGAGUUUUUGUGGGUACAAUACUGAUCACAGUAGCAACUUUUCUUUAGGGAGCAUAUUUUGGAGUGUUCCACAAGUAGCACAAACAAGCCUAAUAAAUCAAAUGGAAAGCAUUUUCAUGUAUUACAUCUGAUUAUGUUGCCCGUUUAUGAAGGUAUGUAUCCAAAGUGAAAAAAUAAAACUCAAAACUGUUUACAAAAAUUACAUUUUUAAAUAGUUCCAAUAAUGCUCCAGUUGCCUCAGAAGGUAAUUAGCUAUAAUUUAGAGUUUCCAAGAACUUGCUUUAACUCCCAUCUUGCAAUUUGGCACGGAGAAGGAAUGGAUAAGUUAUUCCUUCCCCCCUCCUGAUUCUAUUUGGAAUGCAGCUUCUUGCUAAUUUGCACAAAGGCUUUAAAGCAAGCUCAAAAACAGCAUUAAACGAAUGUCCCCAAUCUAAAUAGACUUUACUGUAUGUUCAAACUACACUUCGUUGCUUGAACUGCUUUCAUUAAAGAACUUUAUUUUUCUUUCUUUCAAAGUGCCACUACCAAACAGAAGAUAUAGCCAAGACAGUACAUCUGACAGCUUUGCAAGCUGUGCCACCCUAGCAGCAAAUAGCAGAUACAAAGAAGAGAGCUAUGAUUCCACCAUUAUAAAGCACAGCAACAAAAUGGAAAGCCGAAUAUAUCCAGCACAUCAUCAUCUCAUUAAAGAAGAAAAUAAGCUAGUUUUCAAUAGAGGUGUACAAGAUAAAAACAACUUAAGUGAAAAGCCCUUUUCGAACUCCUUAGCCAACUCUUUUUUGUCAAAAUCUGAAUGUUUCCAAACUAAAUCUAUUGGACAGUUAAAUCACCUUCUCCCAGUCCCAACAGUAUAUGAACAAACAAGAAGAAUUUGUAUGAAAGAACCAAAAUUUGAGCACAUUGCCCAUCAUGCUGCAAAUCUAGGUGAGCUGGAACCUGAUGACAGAAUGACCGGAAAGUUUGAUCAUGACUCUGAAAACGAUCACACUGUGGAUGUUAGGCAUGCAGGGCAAGUUCCAUUUGUACUUCUCAACUACCACCGGGUUUUAGCCAAACAUGGCACAUUUCAAACUUCUUCGUGUACUGCCACAGGACAUGUAGCAGAGAAUUAUGGACACAGUUCUGAGGAAGUAAAUAUGUUUUACAAAAACCAAAGUCCUUCAUCAGCCUCUUCCCCUGAGGCUCACAAGGAGCCUGCACUUCCCCAUUAUAUUGGAACAUCUGUAAUAAUAGCCAAUGGAAGGUGACAGUAAUAGAAAGCUGUGGUUUAUAAAAUAAAUAAAUAAAUAAACAAACUGGAAUAGUUCCCCUAAAGCAUGAGGAUACAUGGUUGCACUUAGUGAGCAUGGUUUAAAAUCAGUGGGACAAACUUGCAUGCAUUCUUGGCAAGCCAUGUGUAACAGUACCUUUAAGGUCAAGGGGAAAAAAUUACCGGUAGCUUCAGUGCUUUGUUGUUCCAGAUUAAUCUCUGCAGUUGACUCUGCUAGUAAGAAGCCAUGUAACAGAUCAUAUUUUUGUUAUUUUUACAGUAUAUAAGUUAAAUUAUAAGAGUUUAUGUGCUGAUACAUAGUGACUUUGUUUUCUUAAAAAAUACAAUCCCUCAGUUAUUUGAAAAUUAUAGAUCACUUAACAAACGGACAGUCUGGUAAGAGACAGUAAUUACCAGUUAUUUGUGAUAGUCUCUGUUUAACUGCUGUCCAAUGCAUUACCUUGGGGACAUGCAUUUAGGAUUUCAAUCCCUGAAAUUAAACCAUUUUUUUUUAUUCAUGUGGCUUGGAUAUAUAUUACUCAAGGCAAUAUAGAAUUGCCAGGCUGCAUGGCUACUAUGCAUCUUUAGAAAAUGAAAAUCUACUUGCCCAAUAAGCUUGGAGAUAACUACCAAAGAGCUGGUGAUUGUUACACUGUAGGGGGGGAAAAAUCAAAGCAUCUAUUUGAAAAUGAAAGACAAAGGUUUUCACUGUUUCAAAUACACUUUCCAUUUAGAAUAUAUCCCAAACUGUAUUUGUUGCCAGCCAAAGAGGAGUGAAGUUGCAUUCUCUUCAUUUUGCUCUGUCAACGAGACUUCAAAUCUUUUCUGUUUGGUGGAUUUACGUUUUUAGCCCAGCCAGUUUUAGCAACUUUUAUGGUUAAGAUAUGAUAAAAUACAUUCACCAACUGCACUAAUGAUUAGAUUAGAAUUCUCAGGCACUUACAUUUUAUUUUGCAUUUUUCGUAGAGCACGUAGUAUAUUCAUCUUUGGCUUUGUAAUGUUUAAUCUGGAAGGUGAGGCAACCCAAGCACCUGCAAAGAUUUAAUACCAUAAAUAUAUAGCUCUCAUGUGUUCCAGUUUUCUGUGGGUGCUUUAAUAAAAUCAUAAGCAAUAGCACAAAAGAAUACACAUGCAAAGUUGUUCGUGCUAUCCAGUUAAAUGGGGGAAGCUCUUGUGUACAUGUGGUGGGUGUGUAUACACAUGAAGAUUGUUUUGCACACUAGGAGUUACUAGAAUGUGGUUGUCAUUUCAACAUAACUAAUAAACCAUUUAUCAUCUUACUCAAUCACAGAACAGAACACACCCUAAUAUGUAAAAAGCUUAUGUAUAAAAAUGGUUGGCAUUAAAGAACAUUAACACUGGAGUCAGACGUAUAUUUUAAUUUGACUAGUUUUUCUUAGCUUUGCUGAACUCUUGAGUUACAUCAAAAACUUCUAAAAUGUCCCUCAGACAAGUGAAGUUUUCAUUAGAAGCAUGGAAGAACUUCUGUGCCCCCAGGAAGCAAAUAACAGUUUUGCCGUUGUUUUGAGUAUAGACAGAACCAAUUUAAGAAUAUUUCUCCAAGAAAUAAUAUAUAAUUUAACUUGUGCAAUAUGGAAAACAGCUUUGAUUGCACCUUUUCAAAUCUCAACUAAGUUGAAAGGUAAUGAGGACAUUUUCUUAAACUAUUUUUCUGCAUUUAGACGCAGCAAUACAAUCCAUUUCCUUGUCUAAUUUUAUAAGGCUAUUUGUUACUGUAAGGAAAUAAGCUUUUCAAAAGUGAUUGGUUGUGCUCAGUAUUGCCCUAUUUAAAGUUAACCAUUGUGAGCAUGCACAUUUUUAAGUAGUGCCAAAGCAGUGUACAUUAGAAUUCAGACUUAACCUGUGCCUUGAGUUGAAGCCAAUAGUUCCCAAAGUGUAAAAAUACGCUUCUCCCAUAGGUGCUAGGCACCUUGCCUUCAGCCCAUUGUUCACCAUGACUAAUAUGUUUCCAUCUCUAGUGCUUUAUGGGGUACUGGGUCAUCCUUCUUUCUUGCACAUGUUUGUUUGUUUGUUUGAAUGAAUGGCCUUGUUCAUUCCCUCUUGUGCUUGAUCUUUCAGGCUCAGAAAAAAGUGUGUGCUUCCAGGUGAACUGGCUACCAUUCUUUGGUCAUAGUUGCAUUUGGAUAAAUGCUUAGAGUAUUUUAUGAAUUGGAAGGCUCAAAACUGCAUUAUUUUGAAUGGUUUUUAAGAUAAAGGGAACUUCACAUUUACAGUUUGGGCUCUAGCCUCAUCUUUGUAAUAUUCACCACACUGCACUAAGAGGUGUCUGACACAUCCUUUGCACGGUGCUAAUUGUUGUAGAACAUAUUUCAAUACCUUGACUACAAAAAACUGCUGCUUGGUGGUGUGUCUUCUAAGUGUUAAGAACAUGCAUAAAUUAUCUGGGCAACAAACUUGACAGAGACUUAAUUUUAUAGUUAAAUUGGACUAAUGUACUUAACAGGAUGGAAGUGAACUUUCCCCCCUAACAGCCAAACAAAAAUAUCCUCCCAGAUGCCCAAGGUAAAUUCUGUGAACGUUGAUACCUUUUCUGAUGUAAUUGAUAUUGCUGAAAACAGCAGCAGCACCCUUAGCUUGUCUUCAUAGAAAGGAGCUUUUGUGAAUGAUCUUAUCAUGAUGUCAUUACACAAUUCUAUUGCCAGAUGCAAGUUUGUUUACAGUCUUUCAAAGUGUUCAUGCAGAUGUAAUCCUGAAAGAAUACAUUUAUGCCAAAUAACAUUUGUUUAUUUUGCUAUGUGAAAAAAUGUAUUCCCCAAUGAGAUACAGGCAAUUAGCUGACUCAUAAAAAGAAAUCUGAUACACAACUGCAGUGUAGCAUACUUACUUUAUUUUCUUCAGAGUGACUGUAUAUAUGCUAAGCCUCUUUCACUUUGUAAGAAAGAAAAUAUUUCUGAAAAGUACACUUUUUAAACUGUUCAAUUGCCCGGUGUCAUUUAGGUAAUGCUGUUGACGAUAAGCAGUUUCAAAUAAUUAACAACCUGCCACUAUCACAAUGUAUAAAUUACCUUAGGCAUUUUGAAGUCCUAUCCACAGAGAGGACUCAAGGAUGCACAUGCUUGCUCUGGCCCUUCGCUUCUGACCUUCCUGGGAAGACCUGAACAGGACUUGCAAGCACAUUUUUGUUUAUGAGCUUACAGCGCUCCCUGCAAUCAGGCUUCCUAAGAAUUGGAACCCUUUUCAGCUCAAUGUACUUACAGUCCCUCUGCAGACCUUCCCAGUCAUGAGGGGUGAGGCUGUCACAUGCAGCCCUUCCCUCUCACGAUGGAUAAAACUUUAAAAAUCCUGAAUAGUGCUUGAAAACUGGAUGUAUCAUUUACAUGCAAUGGAAGUACAGAGAGUGGGACACCCACUUUUUUACUUUGCCAUUUCUCUUCUUGAUUAUGAACUAUAAUUAAUGAACUAUAAUUACCUAUCACCAGUGCUUUUUUUCUUAAAAAAUGUUUAGGGGUACUCCCAUUUUGACUCAAGAAAAUCACCAUUUUAUAGUUCAAAUUGUGGAAAAUAAAUACAGUAAAUGAAGAAAAGUACAAAGAUUCACAAAAUGUUUAGGGGUAUGUGUACCCCUGUGUCCCCCCAGAAAAAGCCUAUCACUGUACUUUGCAAGGUUCUGUACACUUUGUAAGAAAUGGUAAAAAAUGGAGUUGGGAAAUGUAACCCUCGGUUUUGUAUCUUAUGAGUAGAAAUGCCACACACACCUAGUACAAACUGCUCUGCUGAGUACAAUUGUGUAGAUUUCCCUCGCAUCAAUCUACUUUGGUUAAAAAGCUCAACUUUGCAGCAACAAACCAGUGAAUAAUUUUAAGAUGCAUAAUCCUAUGCAUGUUUACUCAGAAAGUGAGUCUAGCUAUGUUUAGUGGGGCUUGCUCACUAGUAAAUAGGUUUAGGAUUUGAACUUCACAUUCAUAAGUAAAGGACAGCAUUGAAUGCAUUAAUAAAAUUCCUGCUAUAAUUUUACUUGUCCAAAAUCACGAUACAGUUUUUUGAGCUAGUUUCUUGAGAGAAAACUCUUCUGUUUGUUCCUUUACUGGAACAUUAGAUUUUGCUUUUUUAUGAUGCAAAAAUAAAUUAUUUGACAAAAGUAUGUGGAAAAAGAAAUACAUACACAUCCUACUAUUGCUUAGGAUUAUAUAUCUACUCCCUUAAAUUGUAAAGCUUUUGCUUAUUUAUUACUUAAGACUAUGUUAAAUAAAAUACUGUAGACAAAGG